GCGGCUUCCUGAGGGGGCAGAACAACCUCCUGCAACCUCAACUAACUUUUUAAGCCCCUCUGAGCCACAACACAAAGUCUAGAUUAUAAAGACGACAGAUAGGCUGAAAAUAGACCCUUCAGCUGGAGCAAAUCCAACACUUUGAAAAGCUGAAUAACUGCUUCUUCUUCUUCUUUUUUUUCUUCUUUUCCCUGAGUGUGUGUGACAGUGUCUGGAACUGAGCUCCUGCUCCGGCUGUCUGGUUUGGGAGAGGAGACUCACGUUGCAGUUUUUUAGGAGGAUGGCAGAGUCCAAAAGGAGAUGAAAAGAGGAGAGGAGCAGCAGAGGUUUGUGUGCGGAACUUCAGAGCUGCAGAAACCUUUUGUCCUGGGCUCUCUCUGCGCACUGGGACCGGAUCUGACAAUGAAGAUGAGCGUGGUAACUAUCUGUUUACUCUGAAUGUAGGGCGAUCUGUCUCAGGUAGUUUUACCGGAGCAGUUUGUGAGAGCUCAAACUCUCAGGACUGUUUGUAGACCAGUAUUUAGCUGGAAGUGCAGCUCAUUUUGGCACAGCGAGUGUAGUCAGAGUGUUUAGGGGGCAUUUGCGUGGAAAGUUUGCUACUUUUGGAAACAUUUACGCACCGGAUUGCAGCGUAACAGCUCUGCAAACUGACUUUAAAACGUCCUGACAGCUCCAAGGCUUUUGCAACUGUUGUAAAAAAACGCAUCAAGACGAUGUCAGAGUGCCGUAGUUUGCUUGUGUUUAAAGGUACCGGUGUAAUAAUGCAGGCGGGCCGGCUGCCAACUGUCUGGGUCAUAGUGGCCAAGUAAGUAGCGCGCUGUCUGUCUGUCUGCCUGCCUGCUUGAGAGCUGGAGGUAAGACCGGAGAACUAGACACAAGUAAUACAGAAAAAACUCCCUUCCAAGAGCUGUCAUUUGUGUCACACAGCCCCCGUCUAUCAACUGGGUCCGCUGACGUUUGUUUGUAUUCAGUCUGGUUUGCACAUGCAGCCGUGAAGCGCGUCAGUGAACGAAAAAAUCCACGACUGCACGAAUAAUAUCAUGUUUUAUGCGUCCGGUGUUGUGCCGUAGAAUGCAUCCCAUGCGUCCCAUCCGCUCAUUACCUUCUUAAAGUGAGAGAAAAUUAUCUCAUAUUUAAAAACAAAACAAAACAGGAGUAUUGAAUCAUGACAACAUGGCAAAUGGAGCAGCAUACUUUCGUUCUGUUUUUAUGUGUCUUAAAAUGCACACAUAGAGGUGUACUUGGGUAUAUAAACUGUACAGUGAACUGUCAAGGUAGAGAACAUUCUAUUUUCGGGACAGCAAAUAUUCCGAAUUAGAGGGCUAUUGUUUUCGGUGUAUCAAAAUAGCUUGAAUGAAAUCAUUAAAAGCACACGCUUUUGAAUCCAUCAUACGGUAAGGAAAACUUGGGUUAUUUCGCCUUGUUGUGUACUUUCAACCGCCCUCCCGUCAGGGGGGCAUUCUACGGCACAUCACGUUAACAUCGGUCUGAUGUGGUUAUUACACCCCAGUAACGCUGUAAAUCCCCGUUUUCUUACAAUAACGUUUCAGAUACCCAAGUGUCAGUCAAUUUGUCCAAUAUAUAUUGAAAUAAUGAGUCAGUUGCUUCUGACACCAAUGUGGUUUCAAAGUUAACGUUUUUGGCGGCAACAUAGUUAAGCUAGGUGAUGAAGUAACGGUCAUUAAACCAAUGGCUAAUCCAUAAUUCAUUUUGGUAGGUCUUUCAUUAAUUUGUAGUGGAGUUGGGUUUCAAAUAGCAUUACCCUCUCUGAAAGGGAAAAGACUAGUAAGUUAAUCGGUUGUUUGACAGUAAAUUAACCGGCUUUUUCUACUAUCGUCCAUCACUGCAGUCAUACUUUUAAUCUAACAUCAAUUUUUUUUGGUUGCUCUAACGAAUAGGAAGAUUUGCUACAUGCGUUUGGUGUCCUCCAUUGUAAAUUGAGCUUAUUUUGGUCUUAUAUUGUUAAUCAACGAUGUUCAACCCUCUUUAAUUGUAUUUAAUCAUUUAAGUUAUAAAAAUCGGUUGGAUUGAUUGUUGGUAUGAAUGGUAGAAAAUUCAGAUUUUACUCAAGUAUCUUGGUCCAUCUGGCAUUCCAGAGUCCAAAGAUGUCCAAACUAACAAGUGCAUCGCUAUCUAUAUCAACAGAUAUUUCUUAAUUGUACAUGAUACACUUAAGUGAUAAAUCAGUUAUUUAACUAAUGGUAGUUUUAUGUUUUUGCCUGUCAGUGUGCCAAUAAAUUGAUUUUCAUCUCAGACAUCUAUCUAAUUAGUAUUCAGAGAUAAGAGGCCAUUUAACCUUUGAUUGAUUUCCUCCCACAGGAAUGCAGAUGGAUCGGUCAAGGCAAGUUUCCAAUAUAGAGUUUCCUGUUUGGAGUUACACCUGAGAGCGACCGUGUCUGAUGGAUUACGCUGUUUUUCCGAACUGCUGACAUGAAUCCAAAGGCCAGUAGUGAGAUGUGGAAGCACUCGCCCUCAGGAGAGAUCUGAGACCUGAAUGAGCCUCAGAGCAUCACAAGAACUAUCAAGAGAAGGAGACGAGCCAUGGACUUGUUAUGGUGUGGCGUCGGAUUCAACGUGUGCUUUUAGCCCAUUUGUAGCACCCUCUGCCCCUCACCCCAUGUCACAGCUUCCUCUGAAUUAUGGAAAUUUUGUGGAAGACGCUGACUUGGACGCUGAGCCUUGUGGUGAUGGCUGCUUCUGAAUUUCAAAGCGUCAACAGACUUUCACAUAACUCUCAAGGUAUGAAAAGAGGACAAAGAUAUCCUCCAAUUCAACCAGUUGCGGCAGAUGGCCGUCUACCAGUGUCUUUUGUUCUGAUUAAGCUUUCUGCCAGUGAAGAGGAAGUUUUUCCUCACCGCUUUUGUUGAGUGUUUGCUCAUGGGAAUAUAGUCAGGUCUGUUAAAAAUGUAGAGAUAGAUGAGCUGGAGCUGUUCUUUGUUGCAAAGUGCUCUAACUUUUGACUUAGUGCUAUGAAAUUCAAAACUGACUGAUGACUUAUUGACUAAAUUUUUAUUUGAAUACUGCCAGAUCUCAACAAAAAUCUUGUGACACUUAACAUAAAGAGUAGAUCUUCACCUUUAUUUAUUUAUUUAUUUUUUACAUUUUUGAAAGAGAUCCAACUUAAAGGGUCAGAGUCCACUGAUGCCUUUUUUUUUUGCAUGUGGCAGCACCUAUUGUCUGUACAAAGCCAAUGCAGUUACCUCAUUUCAGCUGUAACCUGAGUGCAUAAAUGUCCUCAAUGUCGAUGCGCUCACAGCACCCUCAAUCAAAAUUAUUUCAACAAUUGGAUAUUCUGUUUUUGCGGAUUCUGUUCUGCAAAUACUGCCAAAAAUGAAACUACACACAGCACUUUAAGUGGUCACUGAAAAAGGAAUGGGAAGUGCACAGGGCAACUCUAACCAAAGAACAGUGAGAGGUGCUCUGAAAUUAAGGUUGUGGAUGCUGCCACUGCUGAAUGGCUUCAGUGGACACAGGCCCUAAUCCACCAAUAAGAAUGCACUUUGCAACAGUGGCAAGGCAAAACUCCUUUAGAUAGGCUGAAACCUUUGGAAGAACUAGACUAAAACUUCAAAAUAACAAUAAUUGAAGCAUCUCUUCUUCUGUUCUUUCUCCUGUAAAAGAGGAGUUCCUGUCCUACCUGCAGCACUACCAGUUGACUGUCCCGGUGCGGGUGGACCAGAAUGGAGAGUUCCUGAGCUACACUGUGAAGCACCACCGGCCGGGCCGGCGGAGAAGGGGCGUGGUGGACCCCAUGAUUGGACAGUCGCCAGUGUUGGACCCAGAUCCCCCGGAGUCCCGGCUCUUCUACAGACUGUCAGCUUACGGAAAGCACUUUCACUUAAACCUGACUCUCAACCCACACCUGGUGUCAAAACAUUUCACAGUGGAGUACUGGGGCAAAGAAGGGCUGGAGUGGCGCCAUAAUGUGGUAGAUAACUGUCACUAUGUGGGAUUCUUGCAAAACCAGCACAGCACGACUAGAGUGGCGCUCAGCAACUGCAAAGGGCUGGUGAGUACAGGGGUGGUUAUUUUGAGAUUUUUUGGGAGCGGUAAUAGUCAUAGAUAACUAUUUUGUUAGCCAGUACAAUGAAUUUCCUCAUGGAAAAGACUUAAAGCCACUAUCAGGGGUCCUUCAACUUGUUAUAAGACAGCUUGAAAUGUAUAGAGAUGCCCAUUUAUGACCCACGAAAGCAAACAAGACCAUCAAUGACAACAUUGAAAACUUCUAUAUUGUAAUAUUAAAGCUUAAAACCAGUGUGAGGAGUGGGUGUCAGACCAGCUGAUUGAGAGCACGCUGCUGUUAGGCCUUAUGUAACAUCUCCACAGGGGUUGCUCACAGUCAGUGCGUUUACAUUAAGUUACAAAAACUCAAUUUGUUACAUUAGUUUGACUAAAAUACAUGCAAACAAAUUAGAAAUUUCACUAAGUAGUCUGGUAAGGACAUAGGUCUGGCCAAAUUGCCUUAAUGAACUGUAACAUUGGCUCAACUUGUAACUUGAACCUUGUACAUACUGGGUGAGUGAUGCAUUUGACUGUGAACAGAAAAAAGAUGAGAUUUUAUGUCUGAAAACAUGACUUACAGAGGGUCUCAAAAUCAAAAAAGAGUUAUUAUAAUCAGAUAAGUUAUAUUUAACUUAAUUAUACUAUAACUGAGGUGCAGACCCAAGUUUUCUUCAGAGCACCCCAUGUUGCUUUUUUGUGGAAUGCUCACCAACCACUUUAGCUACUGCAUAUUAUCCUGAUAACCUGCCCGUUUGUGGUUGAAAGCACCUGAAGUUUAUGAGAUGAAGAGGAUGAUGAAGAACUUGAAACAUUCACAGGCUGGAGAUACAUAUACCCAUGCAAGAAUGGGACGUAGAGAUGCAAAAGUGAGGGUGUUAUGGUGUAUUCCUGUCAUCCAAUCAUCAUACAUCUUUGUAAUUCCCCUGAACAAACACGAUGGGAGUGCUUUUUUUAAGGUGUCUUUUCAAAUUUGUGUGUUUUUCCUCCAUCUUGUUUCCAUAAGACACUCCUCUCUCUUCAGGGACCACUUCAAAAAAUGUGUCCACAGGUUGUCUCUUUUAAUCAGGCUGCAGGUUGUACUGAGGCUCUCAUUUUUCAUGAUGCCAGCUUCCAGCAGUUGCAUUUUCAUCAGGCAUUUGAUAAGAUAGCUAGAGGCUGGCUAGAAAACAGACUCCUUCCCAACAUGCAUGGCACAAACUCAUCCACUGACCAGGAAAAAGAUGAACAAUUGUUGCUGAUAAGUGAUGGUUUAAAAAGGCAAACAAUGAUGUACCUGCUCAUCCACCUUAACAGUCAUCCAUUUACGCCGUGUAGUUGUGAAAAAUAAGUACGUCAUCAAAUUGUCCACGUUGACAAAAUCAGCACUGAUCCAAAGCAAUGUUUUCCCUAUCAUUUAUCUUGUCAGAUAACUCUUGUUCAUGGCAGAUACUGGAGAACACGCUGAUACAGAUAUAUCUUAUACACCCCCUAUUGGCUGACCAUAAAUCGGUCAGGCUCUAUUUUUUCUUCCAAGUGGCGAGUUCCCACUCUUUUUCUGACCUUUAGCUACAAAGAGUCCACACAGCUCACCUCAAACAAACCUGGACACUAAUGUCAGAUAACUUAUAUAUGCCGAGCUGGUGCUGCUCUCAUGUCAGCCAACCUUUCAGCUGCAGAGCCAAAGGAUUAGACCAAUUGUAGUGUGCUUAACAGAGUCUUGGCAUGGUUCCACUUGGCACGCUGAGCCUGCAGGCAGCUUGGAGUGAGGUGAUGCUCAAGGAGAGAAAUCACAUCAUCUCUGUGAUCUGUUAGUGAUAAGCUUUUACUUUCCAUUUCUGCGUUUAAUCUCACACUUCAUCCUCACGUUAGCGGAGGUCACAUUUCUUUAGCCGAUCUUUUUUUGUGAUCUUUAGUGAAACCUGUCUAAAUUACUCCAUGUGCUUUGUGAAGAAACAAACCAAACAGCACUAACAAGGCAUCUAAUUAUCCUGUCGAAGCAUUUAGACCUCAGGCUUGUUAUCCACGGACUGUGUGACUGUCCAGCUUCUCUUUGCUAAUCAAGAAAUUGGAAGAAGUUUUAAUAUCCUUUCUCCGUUCAGAAUAACUCUAAAGAAGGGAAAAACAAGCCCUGCUUCUUAUUGGCAAAUGUAAUCAUGCAGAGAAAACAUUUAGCCAAAUGUGUUGGCAAGACCUACACGGAGUAUCAUAAAUUGAAUUAGUGUUUGCCCUUUUUUCUAACAGUACCAAAAAUGGACAAAAGCUGUGUCUGCGCUUUAAUGUAAUCAGCCGUCUGGAUGGUUUGAGACCUUGACAUCACACACUAUUAAAAUAUUGACUGUUUUAAUCGCUUUCAUUGUAGGUUCACAGAGCCAAGUCAGGGCUUUCCACAGUCUCUUAAUUCUACUUAAUUUAUGGCCUGUAGGGGGUGAUGAAGAGCAGAAAACAGUUUAAUGAAGGUCCUGAUGUUCUUGAUCAUAAAGGGUUCUUAGAUUUAACUGCAGACAGCAAGAUUUCAUUAGGGGGAGGAUUACAUGAAGGGAUGUAAAGCAUUGCAGAAGAAACAGUCGUUAAAAUAAACUGGAAAUCAAAGCAUAUUUGGUCCUAAUGAGCCAUAGAUAAUUGAUCCUACAUUUCCCCUGAUGCACCUCUUUUGCACUGUUUCUUACUUUUUCAAUUUUUAACACAGUUUUUUGUUUGAAGCUGCGCACCAUCACCACAGAGGCUGAAAAAUUAACCUAAUAUGGAAUUAAAAAAAUAAUACAUGUUUCCAUGAAUGACAGGGAGUGGGCACAGCUGAUCAAGAGUUUAACCCUGUUAACUGUUAAUCUGUCAGCAAAGAAGUUAACUUGGGAAUCAGUUAAUCCAAGAAGAGAACUGAAUUAACCAAAGUUAAAAUGAUGGAUUUUUAAAUGAUACUCCGCAUUAAAAGUUUGUAAAGACUAAGAUAAGUUAAGAAUGAAAAGAUGUGUGCACAGCUCUGAGUUUUUAAAGCACAUCAGCUGAUCCAAACUCCAGCUCAAAUCAGCUGACUGCUCAGAUGAUUUCUUACCAAGCAUCUAAUUAGCAAAAUGGAUGUUUCAUUUAAACUGCUUCAUCCUGGCUUUGCAUCCAACCUACACAUCAGCCUCCCAUUUUUAUGCUGUGUCUGAACUUACCAGUGUCGUAUGAAUGCUUGCUCUGUUCUGUGCUCUGUGGGUCUUUGCUGCUGCUCGUCCAGCCUUGGCUUGUCAUCUGUCUACAUUAUAGGAAGGGGGAGGAGUUCUGACUGGAGAACUCUUUUGAAAACAGAAGAAUUGAAGGAAAAAACGCUGGAAAAAAAGAAAAUAUACAUUAGUUCACGCUCCUGUGUUUCAUUCAUGUAAUCAGAAGUGAUGUUUGCUUGCGUCUCUAACCUGUUUUUUUUUUCCUUUCCAUCAAGCACGGUGUAAUAACGACAGAGGACGAGCAGUAUUUGAUAGAGCCAUUAAAGAACAUAACCUCCACCACCUCUAGCGAAUGGAACCUGGAAGAAGCACAGCAACAUGUUAUUUAUAAAAUGUCUGCCAUUCCCUCACCACAAGAGCAUAGCCAGGAGUUCAGCUGUGGCAUUUCAGGUUGGUGAACCUCCAUCUGGGUUGGACUCUGUGUGGGUGGGACUGACGUAAAGGAAUAACUAUACAUAGCAGGUUGGAGGAAGUGCUGGUUUGGUUCUAGGCCCAGGUUCUGGUAGGCAUGACCGGGCCUCUUGUGCGCUCAAGCUGCUCCUGGUCUGGACACCUUUCAACCUGUAAGAAGAAGCCCCGCUCCAGCUUUUAUAAAAGGCCUUUCAGAGCAUCAAGAGUUUUGGUCUCAGACUUUGACUGAAGCACCAAUCCUAUUAAUAGAUCCAACAAUCGUGUUCAGAUUUAAGAACUCAAACAACCACACCGAACGUCUGCUGAGAUAUGACGGAUUGGAAAAAAGAACCAGGUGGAUAUUUAGGUAUUUGGGCCAAGGUCUUAUAAGAAACAGAAAAGGCUGUCAUCCCCAGGAAGCUAGCAAGCCCUAACAUGUACCACCUUAUAGCUUUUUCCCAGAGCAUCUGGGUCAUAAAGCAAAAGGCUUUAGCUGCAAGGUUCAAAGGGCCAGAUCCCCUUUGCAUGCGCAUCUACGACAUGUCCUGGCUCUCUCUCAAAUGGAUUAUCAUUCUGACUGCUUAAUAAUUCACUCUGACUCUGACUCUGCCUUUCUUUCUUUAACAGACCUCAUAAAAACCAGUGCACCUUGCCUGUCCAACACACCCUCUCCUGUCCUCUCGUCUCCUGUAUCCCAAAACGUCAGCGAGCAGUCGAACAGCACUCACAGGCAGAGGCGCUCCGUCAGCAGUGAGCGCUUUGUGGAGACGCUCGUGGUCGCUGAUAAAAUGAUGGUCGGUUACCACGGACGAAAAGACAUUGAGCACUACAUCUUGUCUGUAAUGAAUAUUGUAAGUUUGAUCCUACUUUUUGUCCUUUUUCGAUUUUAUGCUGCAGCGUCUAACAGUUUUAGAGAAGAGGAUGUGACUUGUGGACCCAAUUUGUCUGACUUUGUGUCUUUUCUUCUUUUCUGGAGGUCAGGUUGCCAAACUUUACCGUGAUGCCAGUCUAGGAAAUGUUGUGAACAUUAUUGUGACCCGUUUGAUUGUCCUAACCGAAGAUCAGGUAAGAAAAAAACCUCUCGUUCUCUUCUCUUUUAUCCUAUUUUUUUCAUAUCCACGCAGUGUUAUUAUCCCUCCGAUUUUCAUGAGUGCGUUUUAUCAUGUCUGCGGCGCCCUCACCUGCUGUCAGUGUAUAGCCGAUACGCUUGGCGUGAGUACUCUGCAGUAUUUUAUACGAUUACCGUACUUGACGGGGGGAGAAAAGAGAGACUCUUCACCAUAUGUCCACCACUUCAGAUGAAAGAUGUGCUCAGGCAUCUUCCCUCAGGGAGCCUCAAUUGAGAAUUUUUACAUGCACACUACAUGUGUAUGUAUGUGUGAUGGGAGAAACAGAGUGCCUCGCUAGCAUCUGUUUUUUUUUCCAAAGGGCUCAUAGCGGCUCUUCAUUCAGCAUGAGGUCCAAAGAACAAGUUUUCAUGUAAAGAGGGGCUGCACUUUGAUCCAGUAGGAAAGUCGUUUAUCGCCUCUUGUUGUGGAUACACCGGACAUAAAAUAAAGUUACAGAACACACACAUUUCAUGGUGAAAGUGAGUCACUGAUGGGCUGUUUAUUUGUUCAGUGUUGUCUUGUACUUCAUCAUAGUACAGACUGAAAUCAACACUGUAUCACAGGCGCCUUGCACAUCCCCCUGCCCCCUCGCUCUUUUUCUCCUGCUAUCAAUGGGUUUACCUUCACUGCCACUGCAGACUCUCGUAAAAUUAAUCGAAACUUUCCCCUUCUCCAAAAACGUGUACUGAAAUCUCCCACUCAUCCCAGUACAGGCCUCCUACAAAUAAUUCAUCCGGAUAAUCUUUCCACUCUGGCAGCUCACCGGUUAGCACUGUCAGCACAUGAUAUCAGGAGAACAUGUCACAGAUUUUUUAAGAGCAUUUAAAGACAGUUUUAAAUGGCUGAGACCAGCUUUCAUAUACUCUCAUUGCAUACUGUAAUGUAUUCUAAAAUAUUGUAUUUUGUUAUGUUGUCUCAUAUCAAAAUAUACUACAAUAUAAUACACUCAGAUGUGAUACAAUAUGAGCUACAGUACAAAACAAAUGGUUCAAUAAGAAAGGAAAGAAUAUGAAAGCAUGGGACAGAAGAGGAUACAAAAUACUGCAAUAGUACGUGCGAGGUAUUUCAAAAGGGUCAUUUUCAGCUUCACAGUAAAAACUAAAAACUUUUAUUCUCCCCGGUUAUAGUUUUAUCUUAUAUAUACUUUUACCUUCAGGAACUGUUAGCAGCUAGAUAUCCACUGAUGAAGACAACAUCCAUACUGCCGAAAACACACUCAUGCAAUCAUUUUCCCACUAGCAUGGAUCAGCUGAUGUGCUGUUGUUUGAGCUUGACUUCAUGGUGUUACCUGAACUAAUGCUUCACUAAAUUUUUCACAUUCUUAGAAAAUGACAAAAUGUGAAACUUUUAGAGUACUUAUGAAUCAAUUUGUGAGCCAAUAUAUAUACUGUAUAUAUAUAUAUAUAUAUAUAUAUAUAUCUUUUUUUUUUGGUACAUGAUGAUCGACGAAUAAAGAGGCAGGGAGAGCAGCAGCAAAGACUCCCAGAGUACAGAGCAGAGGACAAUACUCAAACUAGGGCUGGGCUAUAUGGCCUUAAAUCAAUUUCAUGAUAUAGUGAGCAGUUUACCUCCAUAAUGAUAAAUGGAUGAUAACUACUCCACAAGCUGCUCACCCCCUCCUACAUUAACUUCAUCUACUUCAGCCGCUGCGCCAGCCACUACAACUUUUGAACCGUCCUCCAUCUCCUCACCUGUAUUUCCCUCUUUGUUACGGACUGGAUGGGGUGGAGUCACGUCUCUGAUGUAGGGCAGCGUCUUAAAGGGACAUGAGACCAUCGCCUACCUACACACAUCCAAACCAACUUUGAUUUAUUCAUUUUUUUAGACAUCAGAUAUACUGAUAUGGGUAAAAUGACGUCUGUUAUUGUCGUAAAUUUUGGUAUUGGUAAAUUUUCGGUUUAUCACCCAGCCCUAAUGUAAACAAAUAAUACAACACCAUACAAUGACAUUGAAUACAAUAGGGCGACACAUUACAAUAGGAGAUAACACAAUAUGAUACCUGACAAUAACAAAAUGAUGGCCCAGUAUUAUACAACAAAAUACAUCACCACUGGAUAUGAUACAGAAGAUGCAACAUGUUUUGUGCAGCCUUUGUUUUUUCAUGCUUCACUGUUUUGCUGUGUUUUUUUUUUACAGCCUAAUUUGGAGAUAAACCAUCAUGCUGACAAGUCUCUGGACAGUUUCUGUAAGUGGCAGAAGUCCAUCCUGUCUCAUCACAGCGAUGGAAACAGCAUUCCUGAAAACGGGAUGGCUCACCAUGACAACGCUGUCCUGAUCACUCGGUAAGCGAAGACCCAGAUCCACAGGUUUAAACAAGCAGGUUUUAGGUUCUCUUUUGUUGCUGCUGGUGAAUUAAAGCAAUGAUGAGUAUUGUAGGUCUUUGUUUGCUUACAAAGUUGGCCAGCAGCUUUAAGACUGAAGCCGAAAAACGUCCAUGUCGUUGCACAGACUGGACCUGCUGCUGUGAGAGCCGAUGGGAAUAAAGACCUCUCUUCUAAAAAGGAAAACAUGCAGUUUCGGACGUACUGUACCUGUCAGUCUGCAAUUUAUGUCGGGGGUGUUUCCAUAAAAUAGCAAAACUCUGUCAUUACCUGGAAUAGGCUUUAUUGUUGCCAGAACUGUUUUGGCCACACAGCCAGAAACUUAAUUAUUUAUUCUCCCUCUGGCUCUCUCUAGAAAGAGGAUGGUGCUCUGUGAUUGAGAUGGACUAAAGAAAAACUUACUGCCUGGAGUCUUUACAAAACAGCUUUUCUAUCAUUAGUUGCUCUUUCUGGUUGUCAGUCAGUUGAUGUUCUCCCGCUCUCGUGGCUUCUGGUUUGAUUGUUGGUUUUAGCUUCAAGAAACGCCAGCACCAAAGCCUGCUCUGCCUCGAUCUGAUGGUCUUUGGGUUCAUCUCUGUUGUUUCUAUGACAGGAAAUGCUGAAUUUCUUUAUGAAACUUGUAAAUGAUGAGUUCACACUGACAUGGAAAGGCAACAGCACUCAAAUCUCUCAGAUCUCUGAAUAGGAAGGCAAGUUAAUCCCAUUUUGGCCACCAAGAGGACUAAGAAGGGCAAACAGAGCACAGAAAACUUUACAUUUCUUAACAUAAGCAGCUAACUCAGACUUUUGAGUGUUAGAGGUUGAUCAGUGCCUUUUCUACCCCCAGGAUUUGUGGGUAAGAUUAGACUAAACUACAGAGUAAAUAGUAGAUAGUUUGACUGACAUAAUUUUGAAAAUGUGUGUGAAAUGAGUAGGUAGCAUGAGAUUUCCUGUUGAAUAAUACAGCUGAUGCAUGUAUAGAGCGAAGAAUAAGAACUACUUUGUCCACAGGGGGCGCUAAAUUUAACACAAACGAGAGACAGCUUCUCAUAGGAGCAAUCAGAGAAAUGGUUUCCAAACAGAAAAACGCACAUUUCUUUAACUGCCUGUCGCCUCUAUUUUCAGACGAUCAUGAAAUAGAAAUGUUUGGAUGAAACUCUGAAUUUGAGAGAAAAGCAUAAUUAGCUAUUGUAAUAAAUUUAUCCACUUGAGAAAAAUAUAAAUUUAUUUGUAAAACAACUAAAACAAAUACAUUCUUAACCAGAGGUUAUUUGUUGUUUGAUUUUAGUUAAUCCAAACUAGGUAAUUUAUCUCAGCACGCAAAUACAAUUACACUUUGGCAAUAAAUGAAUGUUUUCCUUUGGAUUCAGGCCGAAAUGCUUACUGGAAGCAGACAUUGUUCACGUAGUUAAAGCAUUACUGCUUCUUCGUCAUUAGAGAUCAGCAUUUGUCUCCUGCAGCGAUGCAUCAGCAGGACAUGAAAGGCUGUUUAAUUGACAUGAUUCACCGUUUUCAUUUCAUGUUUAAGUGAGCUCAGCAGCACUGUUGCCUCUUUGUCGGCCUCCACAUCCUAUAGCAGUAUUUUUAAGGCUGCUGUGUUUUGAAUGUGGCCUGUCACGUUCCAAAAAAGACACCGAGGGAAAUUAGGAAAAUAAAUCCAAACAAACAGACGUUUUGACCCUAAACAAGGUCAAAAUUGUGCCUCUCUGGUUUGGAGCUGCUCCACUGUGGAGGAGGGAGGAAGGGAGAAAGAGAGAGAGAGAGAGAGAGAGAGAAAGAGAGAGAGAGAGAGAGAGAGAGAGAGAGAGAGAGAGAGAGAGAGAGAGAGAGAGAGAGAGAGAGAGAGAGAGAGAGAGAGAGAGAGAGAGAGAGAGAGAGAGAGAGAGAGAGAGAGAGAGAGAGAGUGAAGGAGGGAGGAAAGGAGAAUGAAAUUAAAUUUGCUGUGCCCUUGGUUUUAAUAGAUUAAAAGCUCUAGGAAUGAUUGGAUCAUUUAUUUGAAAUGUAUGAUGUGUUCUUUACAGCACUGGAGCUCACAGUGUUCUGACCCCUCGCUCUAUUGGAUUACCUGUAUGUGAGUUACUGGGGUUAGCAGUAGGGACACAGCAUGCUUAGCCUUGUACUUACCUCCCAUUCAUGUCUGAGUGCUGUGUCCACUGAGCGACACUUAGCAACAGGCUCACGCUUUACAUUGAGAAAAGAAAAGUGGUUCAUGGAUGCUUAUUUGACUUCAUACAAAUUAUGUGGUUGUCAGUAGGGCUGGGACGAUAUUGGCUGACUCGAUUUAAAUUGCGAUUCUAUGAUAUCCCAACAUCUGUUAAGAUCCUGAAUGCACAGAUGUAGUUGUAACUUCUCUCCUAACUGUCUUUUUCUCCCACCCCUAUUCGCCAGUGCUCUCAAAUGUCGAAAAUGGGAAUAAAAUAAUAUUAGUUACAAUCUUUAAGUCUAAAAUUUUGGUGCUUAGGAGAAAAAUACCUUCAUUUUCCAAUCUAUUCAUCAACUUAUAACUAAACAGAUGAUUGGAAGUGAAAAUGUGGUAAGAAAGAAGGCCGUAAUUUAACUAAAGUAGUAACUAAUCUACCUUCCAGUUCACACCAUCAUUAAAGAGUGUUAGCAUGUAGAGGACAAAACAAGUAAUGACUCCUUUGUCCACAGGGGGCACCAAAUUUGACACCAAGCAAAAGUUCCUUACAGGAGCUUUAACAGACCGCCAAUACUUCUGUUUGACAACAUUGUUGUUAUUGUUAGCAUUCAUUGGCUUACAUAGCUAACAUUAUUGUUCACUGGUGUUAUACAGGAAAAGUGUAAAUUUUUUGCCAACAGUACUGUUAGCUAGCGAACUGCUGUUUAAAUUGAUUGCUAUGUCUUGUAUUUUUGUGUUAAUUAAAUUGUAUGGUUUCCUUUUCAGGUACGACAUCUGCACCUACAAGAACAAACCCUGUGGUACCUUAGGUGAGUUGGUCACAAGCAGACUCAGAUGUAUGUCAUUAUAUGCUGUCUUGAUUGGAAAUAUUAACUGAUAUUGACAACAGUACACUUUUCUCCGGUUUUGGGAGGUCACUCCUUUUUCUCCUCCCUUUGGAGGGUUUUCAUUUCCACGUUUGGCCUCCAACGUGUCCUCAGACAAACUUUAUUUAGCAACCUUUGCAAGUCUCACCAGACGGCUCCUGUGAGACAUAAUGAGAAGGAUGUUUUCACUUGUGUGAUUAUUAUAGCUCCUCAUUGACUCCCCCUCUCUCCCCCUCUGCUGGUGGAAGCCACGAGCCCUGAACCUGGACAGGACAGCGGCGCUCACCUCCAGUUCGUAAAAAUGUCCCUCUCUGUGGGCUCUGACCUCAGUUUGUUUAAGGUGUUUACACUUCCCUUCAGGGUUUGAGAGAGAGAAAGGAUAGAGGUAUGUGUUGGUGGGAUACAGAGAGGGGGGAGAAAAGAGGAGAAGAUGGAGAAGAAGAGGAGGAGUUGAAAGGAAAAUGGAAGUGGAAAAGGACAAUUAGAGGGAGUGUUUGAGUAUGCAGGAGAGAGAUAGAGUGGCUGAUAGGCUGGUUGUGGCGGUAUUGGGGGUGGAUGAAGGACAGCAAGCAGUGGCAGAGACCCGCAUCCCUCCUCCCUCUCGACCCACCCAAACCUCCUGCCUACCCAGUCCUCCUCUUCCCAUCUUAUCUGUGUCAAAGCCCUGCAGGCACCACAGUAUAUCUUGGAGGUAAUAUUGUGACUUCAGGGGUGGUUUGACAGAUUGACCGCAUUCGUCACAUUCCCCGGUCGCUUUAAUUGCCCUGGCAUCUGCUUGGCUUCCUCGUUGUCUCAACCCCCUCUUCCUCCUCCCCCCUCCUCCUCUUCUCUCCCCCCUCUCAUGCUCCCAGGUCAGAUCGCUGGCCUUUAGGGUCGCUGAGUAAUCACGGGGCUGGAGAUAAUACAGUCCAGCCUGGUGUUGAGAAAACAACUCGCACACACACACACACACACACACACACACACACACACACACACACACACACACACACACACACACACACACACACACACUUUCCUCUCCCUCUUUCACACACACAUUCUUAAACUAAUCGUAGAGUAGCCACCCUCCUUCCUUUCCCUCCCUCUCCUCCUUCUUUCUUCACCUUCAGGCUCCCUCUUUCCCUGCAGUCAUGGCUUCAGCGGCCUCCUGAUUUGCGAGUCUAUUCUUGUUUAGCCUCUUAGUAAAGAGGAUACAAAAGCCUUGCUGCCACUUAGCUGAGAGUUCGUGCAGAAGGAUGUGAGGCAGCACUGACCACCAAAAUACAAAGAUUUAUGCAGGCUGCCUGCACGUGCAAAUGCAGGUGUGCUGCAGAAAAUACCAAGGCAUACAUGUUUGUUGACCUCGAGCAGGUAAACUGUGUUUAUGCACGUGUUUUAGUUACAGAAUGAAUGUCUAGAUAAUGAUUUAAAGGGUCUUUUUAAUUAAAUUAUAAGGAAUCAGUACUUGUUGCAUCCACUCACAUAGUUUGUGUUGCAUUUUUUCGUGCAGGAUCUAGAAAUAAGUAAUCUUAUGUGUUCAUCCAAAGUAUUACCUUGCAUAAAAACAAGACCUCUACAAAGAUGCCAGAAGUAUAAAUAAAAAGCCGAAAUAAGUGAAAAUUACACCACGUUCAAACACUGAUAAUGCUGUUAUCAAUGGAUGCUAUAUUAGUGAACAGGAGUGUUAACUAGAAAUCUUCUGAAGGUUGUUCGUUCGUUUUUAUUUGUUCUGCUCAUGGCCAUUUUUAAGUAUUUUCAUACAUACAAAAGGCAUUUAACAAAUGUAGCACAACACAUGACCGGAACGGAACAGGUAGAAGACAAGGCUUAUUUUACCUGCCCCUCACUCAAAACAGAAAUAAACAUUACAUAAGAUGGUCUGUCCACUUCAGGUUAUUUUCCUAAACUUUACAAACAAAAUUAUAACCACAUUACAGGAAACAAUCAAACAAAAGCAAAGUCAGCGUCUGCAUCAGAAUGUAUGCAUAUUACAAAACGCUACUUGUCAGCUUCAUCAUUGUUAUUAUACUUUCUUUAUACUUUGUUUUAAACUAAAAUAUGUUUGUGCAGCCUUUUAAAAUAUUGUAUAGGGAGUUCCACAUUUUAACCCCAACCACGGAAAUACAUAUCUGUCUUAACGUUGUCCGAGCAAACUGGUGCUUAAAAGGAAAUCGCUGUCUGUGCUCUUCAUCCUCUGAACUGAAAAUAGUAGUUUGUUUAAAUCCUAAUUACGGCUAACUGACUGUUUUACAGGUAAUAAAACACGUAGAAUAAAAUCAAAACUGUGCAUGAUUCGGCUCACAAGGAAAAACACAGGAUCGCUGAGUCUGCUGGUAAACGUGCCAACUGGUCCUCUAAGUAGGGCUAACACUAGCAGAGCUAGCACACCCGGCCUUUGGUCCAGGUGGAGGUCGAUGACGAUGACACACCCUUUAUACAACUUUAUCUUCAUUUUCCUGACCAGAAUAUAUUACCCAUCAGUCGUCUGUGUUUGUCUACAUUAUAACAUUACGGUAAUAGCUUCUCCUUGUGGCAGGUGGCUGAACUACAGUGAAGACACAAACUAUAAAACAUUUUGGGUCCACAGUGAUAAAAAUAAUAUUUAUUUGUUUGACAGACAAUUCAUUUUAGUGCAGACUUGUAAGGAGGGCUGGGCAAUAAAUUGAAAAUUUACCAAUACCGAAAUUUGCGACAAUAACCAACGUCAUUUUGCCCAUAUCAGUUAAAAAAAAUAAAUUAUUAAAGUUGGUUUUGGAUGUGUGUAGGUAGGCUAUGGUCUCAUGUCCAUUUGAAACCUCCUGACUACCAGUAGUUCAAGUUUGUCCUCUGUUGAGGACCAUUGUAGACCUCAAAAUCUCCCACCCACUGCAUACUACUGAAUUGACUCCUUUUGGUUUCUACAGAGGACAUUUAGAGCUUUUCAAUGAUACCAAAUGUGAAGGGGUGGGGCUUCAGUACUUUUCCUCUUCCCAUAAAAUGUGCAUGCACUGAUGGCAGCCAUUUUUUUUGAGUGAGGAAGAGAAAGGUACUGAAGAGGACAAAUUUGAACUACUGGUAGUCAGAAGGUUUUAAGACGCUGUCCUACGUCUGAGAUCUGACUCCACCCCAUCCAGUUCGUCUCAAAGAGGAAAGACAGGUGAGGAGAUGGAGGACGGUUCAAAAGUUCUAGCGUCUGGAGUGGCGGCUGAAGUAGACAAAGUUAAUGUGGGAGGGGGUGAGCAGCUUGUGGAUCAGUUAUCGUCCAUUUAUCGUUAUUGAGGUGAACUGCUCAAUAUAUUGUAAUAUUGGUUUGAGGCCAUAUUGCCCAACCCUACUUGUAAGGAUAACAGAGUUUAUCAGUUAGUCAACCAAAUCAGCUUGUCACUGCUGACUAUGUCUGAAUACCUGGUGUGGUUCUUGGGGCUCAGUGUCUUGUCCAAGGAUACCAAUCAGACUCAAACAGCACAAAAAAAAAGAUCAACAUUUGCAUAAAAUUCAAGCACUUUCACAGAUGUUUUAAAAGAUUUAGGCUAAGUCGUUCAUUUUAAAACCUGUCUGCAGAUUAUACCAGACAGAAGCUGCAGACUUUAAGAGCAUAAAACAGCCAAACAUCUGAUGAACAGAAGUUAAAAAUUCAACUCUUUGAGAAAAAACAGAAUCAAAGUGCCCUCUCUUUACAAAUUAAUGCACAUCCCCCCAACACACACACAGAUUUACACACACACCUGCUUUGUGCUGUCAUACGAUCCACUCUGCAGUCACCUGUAGAUGUAAUCUGUGAAGAAUUGCCUCCUGUCUCCCUAUCUGACCUGUCAGGCUCGGGGAAAAAGGACCUGUGACACCUGGAUUGUGGAGAGGUUUUAACUUUAAACACCCUCCUCUCCUUUUUCCCCUCGUCCUGAGACUUGAGCUCUGAAAUGAGGAAAACAUCUAUAUUCUCUGACAGGUUUCUGCUGGGGUACGGUGUUGGUGAAGGGGUCCUUAUAUUCCCUUUCUUGGCUGGGGUUUUGGGCGAUCCCUUGUUACAUGAAUUGAGAUGUAUAAAUCUAACCCCGUCUAGACUUUUUCCAGCAGCAGACUCUGUUGUGUUCAAAGAGUGAAAAAAGACGUCUAGCCAGGGGUCCUUAAUUCAACUCCCUGUGGUGACCAGGAGAUCAUCCAUAAGGAAUCCUGAUUUUAUGACCAUGAAUCCUGAGACUGCCUCCUGUUGACCCUGUGUUUGUAUAUUUGUCUGGUGUGUGUGUGUGUCUGUGUGUGUGUGUGUGUGUGCAGGCUUGGCCUCUGUAGCUGGAAUGUGCGAGCCGGAGAGGAGCUGCAGCAUCAAUGAAGACAUCGGGCUCGGUUCUGCUUUCACCAUUGCGCACGAGAUCGGCCACAAGUGAGUUUUAAGACUUUUAGGAUCCUAAUAUAAAACAUAAAAUGUGACUUCACACUGAUGCAAGUAGCAGCGGUGGGAUUAAGUCUAAGUUCCUCCUGCAAGAACCACAGAUUUCAUUCUUAAAGAUGCCCUCUAGACAUUUUUAAAGACUUACAAAAGAAAGAAAACUUUCAGUAUUUGCCCUUAGAUGACAUCAAAUCCUUCGCAUGGAUCUUUAAGGUCUUGUUUUUACUUGUGAGAGGUCUGAAACUGGAGGCGAUGCUUCGACUGAGACAUGUUGUAAUACUUAAUCGUAUCCAAAUGGUGUAGUCAGGGAUAUAUGAUUCUUUUCUACAUGUAUUCUUGUCCUCGUCACAUUAACAACAUGAAAAUCUGGACAUUUUGCUGCAAGAUGUAAAAAAUGGAAACAACAGUUAUGAGGUGACUUGCAUGACUUUAAAAUUAUGAGUAAUUUAUAAUGCCAAGUCUGUGCGAGUCCCCCUGCUACCUUGCACUGCCAGCUUUCUGCCAUUGCACAGAUUGGGAGAAACUAAAUGUUUCUGAUUCUUGUCCUGGAAAGUCAACAGGAGGGGUAAUCAGCGUUUCAAUCUGGAAUCUGACCACUGGAUCAUGCAAAGUUUUUUCAUUUCCACACUUUUAAAAUCAAAUAUGUGAAAGAAAGGGCACGGGUCAAAAAAUGAAUUAUUUUCCUCUUAAUAUUCCAGUUUGGGAAGUUCAGAAAUGACUCAUCUCAGGGGCGUGCAGAUGGCCGAGUGGAUUGUAUGUGGAGAUAUGUAUGGGGACUACGGUCUCUGCAGCGGUCACGGGUUUGAGUCCGGCCUUGAUCAUGUGCUGCAAGUCCUCCCCCCUCUCUCUAUAUCCCUACAUUUCCCCUGUACUAUCAAUAAAAAAAAAACGGCAAAACAGUCAAAAUUUAGUGAAACUACCGUAAAAAGUUAAACACAGAAUUGAAGAAUCUGUGGGUAAAAAAUGUUAAAUUUGCUUGGCUUCCAUUAGCAGAGCUAGCACCACCAGCUCUCUGUCCUUUGAACAAGUUAAUGUCCAAAUACUCUGAUCAUCCAUCUAUUAUCUUCAAUUAUUUACCAACCACUGGCAAAAUGUCUCAUCUGUCAUCUGUGCUUGUUUACAUCCAGGUAGUAGAGCAUUACACCAUCAUUGUUAUGUCCUUCGUGUCGUUGAGUCUAAACUUUCUGAUCACCUCUAAUCCUUCAUUCGUCAAUAAUGUCUUUGAAACAGACAUUUGCUUGUUUUCAGCAGACCUGCGUGCAGCCCCUCUCUCUCUCUCUCUCCCCCUGCAGACGCUCUUGAACUGUAUCUCCACAUAUUUCCUCAUGCAAAUGUCAGUGUCCACAUACCUCUGGCUCUUUCCUCCCGAAUAUAAAGCAAAAUAAUGAUGAUGUAUUAGUCUACGUAUCCCUCUCAGGAGGGUUCAGUAAGAUGGUGAUUUCCUUUAUUAUGUCUCGUGUCUGCUUCUGUUGUGGGGCAGUUGUAAAAAUAGUCUCUGCUUCUCGAGGAUGUAUAAAAAAACACUCAGCAGUGGGGUUUUGAGCGGGCUGAUUUAUUUCCAGAGUGGGGUAAAAUGUCAUAAACGCCAGCCUUAGAAAAACAGGUCGAGUCUGUGCAAUGUGGUCGGGUUUGUUAUAUACAUUAGACCUGAUUUGUGCUGCUGGACCAUAAGGGAAAGUAAGCUUUGACAUCCUGCUGUAAAGUGAGAGUUUCUCUCAAAAGAUACCCAGACAGAUAAGCAUUUUUUCUCUAAAUGAAUUGUUAAAAAGAUUUAUUUUAGCCCUCAGUGUGAAAUAAAUUCUUCAGAAGCUCUCAGAGCCCCAGGUCAAGGUUUGGGUCUCCGUUUGAUGUAAAGUAUCUUCGCUCCUGUCUGUAGAGACUCUCCCUCCCGGCCUGCUCAGACCUGCAGGAGGUGAUUGACAGCCAGGCAUCAGAGUGGUGAUUAGGACUUUUUUUUUCAUUCCUGCCGUGCCCCAGACAGGGUUUGACCUCUGACCCCAGGCUCUCCUUAACACAGCUGUUUUAGAGCCACAGAGCGGCAUGUUUACAGCCAGGGCGACCGAGAGACACAUCCUCCAGCCAGCAACCUGACCGACUGUCCACUCUGAGCCCGUCUAAACUGUGUGUUUAAGCACCAAAGAUGGGGGGUCGCUUUUAGACCAGAGGUUACCGAGGAUCAGAAUUCAAAGCUCGCUGAAAAUCCCUCCUCAGUGUUUCUGACCAGUCCCUCCAGGAAGGUGUGCAGCUUUUUGUUAAAUCCUGCCACUUAAACCAAUCUCAGCACCAGGACCUUGCUGCUGUAGAAAACACUGUGGUAGAAACGAACCUUUAGAAAAGUAGAAAAGUAUAACUCAUGUAAAUUAUCACCACCAGUUGUUAUAUCCUUCUUUACAAAACCACCAAACUCCAUUGACAAAAACAGCGAUUUUACCUCCAAUUGCACAAGACUUUUUAGCCUGGAUUGGUCCUUUUUUUGACAUUUUGUGUUAUUGUGUUACACCAAUAUCCUGUUGAAUCUGUUUCAGCUGUGAAACUAAAAAGCCAAAUAGACACAAUAACAAAACAAACUCACUAAUAAAGGCAGCAGGGGACCAGAGCAGCUCUGGUGUCCUGGAAGGUAAAAUUACUGUUUUCAUUUAUGGACUCUGGUGACUCUGCAGAAAACUAAACAUCAGCAGUUUCCAUCCAAAAAUGACAUUAUACACUCAAACAAAAACUGUAACCUCCUUUUGGUAAUUUUCUCAGAUAUAGAAAAACAAUCUGAGCCACUAGGAGGUGAAAUAAACUCUUUUUUUUUUUUUUUUAGCAGAUUAGGUGUGCUCGCUGACAGGGAUUACCUAUAGACAUCUACUGGAGCAGCUCUUCAACCCUAAAUUACAAAAAAUUACAGCUUUAUUAAAAACACCUUCUCCUCUUUUACUUGAACUUAUAUUUCAUAAUAUUCAAAAUCAAAAAUCCUUGCGUUGGGUUGUAACUUGAAUUCUUCGUGUUUCAGUUUUGGGAUGAACCAUGACGGCAUCGGGAAUUCCUGCGGUACCAAAGGCCACGAGACGGCUAAACUGAUGGCCGCUCACAUAACAGCCAACACCAACCCUUUCUCCUGGUCGGCCUGCAGCAAAGACUACAUCACCAGCUUCCUCGAGUAAGUGAAUGAAGGUUGUUCCCAGUGGGGCUGUCUGACUGCGUUUGGCUUUGACUGCCGGUGUGUUUGUGUGUGUGCAGCAGAGGAAAAGGUGUGUGUCUGCGAUCCAGCUUACGUACAGUCUCCUCACACAGCCUCUGUCUGGCUCUUGUGGUGACCCGCUCGUAUGACUUGUCUGGUUGUCCCUCUUCAUUUUUAUUCACUUCCAUUUCAUCACCGCGGCUCCUGCCAGACCUCCUUGUGGCUGCGUUUGAUAGCCGGGUGCCUUCCACUCUUGCAUCCUCGCACCACAAGGCGGGUGAUGUUAGAGCUCCUGUGGUGCUUUGUGGUGAUGAGUAAGCCAGCGUCUCACCGCUGCUUUGAGGAAUUUGGUUGGAGAAGACAAAAACCUGGAGAGCACAAACAAACUGAGGACGGUAAUGGUGACAUGUGGCAGAGUGAGGGAUCGGGAUCACUGAGCAAAACCUGCCAGCCUGGCAAAUCAAGUCUCAGAUAAAAAAAAUCAUCAGGAGCUGUUGGUCCUCUCUUAACCCUUUUAUUUUGGUGCUUUAUUACUAAAGUUACACACACUUUUAGUUGUAUAAUGUCUACAACCUGCAUUAAUACCAGUUUUACACAUGAGCAUGCAGGCAUCUCCAAACUGAUUCUUCUUUAACCUUGAGUGUUUUGAUGUAUCCUGUUAGAGUAUUUCCAGUCAUAAGCUUGGGUCUCGUGUUUUACAAAACAUUACAAAAACACAUGCAAGGCUGCACAAAACAUUUAGUGGUGAUGUAUUUUGUUGUAUAAUACUGGGCCAUCACUUUUGUUAUUGUCAGGUAUCAUAUUGCGUUAUACCCUAUUGUAUUAAAUGUAAUGGUAUGGUGUAUUAUUUGUUUAUAUCCUUCCAGAUCAUUUAAUUGUAGGGCUGGGCGAUAAAUACCGAAAUUUACGACAAUGACCGACAUUUUGCCUAUAUCAGUAUAUUUGGUCUCAAUAAACCAAAUAAAUCAAAGUUGGUUUUGGAUGUGUGUUGGUAGGCUAUGGUCUCAUGUCCCUUUAAGACGCUGUCCUACGUCAGAGACGUGACUCCACCCCAUCCAGUCCAUAACAAAGAGGGAAAGACAGGUGAGGAGAUGGAGGACGGUUCAAAAGUUGUAGCGACUGAAGUAGACAAAGUUAAUGUGUGAGGGGGUGAGCAGCUUGUGGAGUAGUUAUUGUCCAUUUAUCGUUAUUGAGGUGAUAUUGAUUUGAGGCCAUAUCACCCAGCCCUAUUUCAGGAAGUUUAUCAGGAUUUUUGUGACUCCAUCUAAAGUCGCCGAAGUCUAACUAAAUGUUUUUGCUGCAUUUUUUCUGCUUUUCAACCUGGAUUGGAAAAACGAUAAACUCAUGUGGCAUGAGACAAGAUUGAAGCUUUUGUACUCCAUGAGUUUAUCUUCCUGGUCAAAAUCCCCUUCGUUACCCACAAAGCAAACCAACUGUAAACAGCUUGGUCAGAGAUUUGGGUGUUUUGCUCGUGGUGGCCAAAGUUCCCUCGAGGUGUUAGCCUCAAAGAGAGAUGAGGACCAGGCCUGCAGAGUUCUGGUCCUCCCCCGACCUGUAAACAGACUUUGAUGUGCAAAAUUAGUGGAAUUCCCCUUUUUUAACAAUAGCCAGAGGAGUCCCAGUGGUCUUAGACAGAAUCUGACAUUUGUGCACAGACUGAGCCCCCUGGGUGGGCUUUGCCAGUGUUGGGAAACAGUUUGAUUGUGUAGAAAAUAAUCAUAAGGAGGUCAGAGUUUUUUCUUUGUACCUCUUAAACCAUCACAGGAUGAAGUUUAGGUUUCCUGAUCUUUCCACAAAGACACACCACGUCUUCUCUCUUCUUUUCCUUGUUAUAAUAAAUGUAUAAAAACACACAGAGGGGCAGCUGAGAGACGCGUUAACUCUGCAGAACAUGUGGACCAACGUGGCACUCAGAAGAACCAGAUUUUAAAAUAGAAACAGAAAUAACACACCAGAUACAGCUCUUGUGAGUCAAUGAUGAUGCUGUUAAAGCUGCUUCAAUCAAUAUCUCCAUUAUAACAAUGGAUGAAGUAAGUAUGUAUAAUGUCAAAUGAGUCAAACCCACACCCUGCUCUGCUUCUCUAACCAGAUCUAAAAAUGUUUUUUAGCAUAAAUUAGCUCUUUGUUUCAUGUUUUGCGGGUUACCACUCUUGGUAUCCCUCAAAGCUUUAUCCCCCUUUGUUCCAGCGGCAGAAGGAAACUAUUCUAAACUGGAAAAGGCAGGAAAACCCUGACGGAGACAGACAGGGGGUGGCUGGUAACCAUGGGAACAGUUGACUGUUUACCAAUAGAGGUCAAAAAUAUGACAGGUGGCAAGAAACUUCACCCCAGAUCAGUAACUUAAAUGCGUGUCAGUUGUUGUGUAAGUGUAUGAAUUACAGUCUGGACCACUUGUAUUUGCGUGCAUUUAGUUUAUAUCAGGCAGUAUGGUUCUGUUCUGAGAGCUACCUGCCUUUCCAGGUGUGUUUGUGGAAUACCAAAGCUUUGUGAACUGAACAAGCUAGCAGGACAACAAGUGCUCUGGGACAAUUCGUGGUGUGGAUUCAUGAAUGGAUGUCAACUUCGAAUAAUUCGGAUUAAAACUCUCCUGGAGUUACACUCUUCCUACUCAACAGUUCUCGCUGAGGAGCUUAUGUUUGGAGUUAUCUGAAAUUGUUUGGAGUUGUUUAAACUCUACCGCCAUCAUGGCUUCUUCCACCUCCAUGUCCCCACUCCAUAUAUCUGAACUGGACAAGGCAAACGCCACAAUCACUCGUCUCAAAGAGGACAUUUGCAGAUUGUCUGCUGAACUGAAAGCCAAAUCAGAUCUACUCACCGCCUGUAUGGGUGUCGCCUUCAAGCAGACCCGCCAUCUUGCCUCUCUCCAGGCUUCCCUCCACGAUACGUUACCCUGGGACCCCGACAGCCCCCGGCCUUCAUCCACCUCAACUCCUGCACGUCCAACGUGGUCCGAGGUAGCAAUCCGUGGCAAUAACGAUAAGAAAAAUGCCCGUGGUGUUUCCCCGCCCCGACCGGCCUGUCCCAGCAGCUCCACGACCCUUCUCCAGCUGUCCAUACCCCGGCCCGCAAACACAGUCCAGGCCGCCAUCAACGCAGCUGACAGCCCAGUCCAGACGCCGACCGGCAGCAAGGCGACCUCCUCCUCCAACCUGCCAGCCGUCGGGACCACCGCAGCUCCUUCCCAGGCUACCGGAGGAUCUCCCGGAACCAUGGGCAGCCCUGCGGCCGAAGCCUUGGCCUCAUCCAAUGCAGUUGACCGCCCGGCCUCGGGACCAGGGCUGGCCAACUCCCGGAUGCCGCUGGACGCCCGUGUGAAGAAAACCUCCGCGCUGUCGUACGGUGGCCCCCGGGCGCAGCCCAGCAAGGGAGAGAUCCCCACGGUGGCGCCUGGCAGCACACGGAGCCUUACCAGUGAGCCCGAGGUCCAGCAAAACAUAACCCGGACAUCAUGCGCAGCGUCCCGACGCAAAUUGUUGCGGGAAGCGGUCCGUCGCCGCUCCGUCGGAUCCGUCCCCAGAGCUGCGUCCCAAAAUGACAGCAUCCCGCAGCGCGAGCUGGAGCCGCGUCUACGUUGUGCCACCUCCACAUCUCCUGGAAGCGGCACUGCACCGCCGAUUGCCCCUCUCUUCGCCCCCACGACAGUCAUCAUCGGAGACUCCAUCACCAGAGGUAUUCGUUUCUUCAAUGUCACCACACUAUCCUUCCCCGGUGCCACAGCUGCCGAUAUCGCUAAUAAGAUCCCCUCUCUCCUCCGCUCUCUUCCCUCCUCCAUUCGCCGCAUUAUUGUGCACAUCGGCUGUAACGACACAGCGCGUCGGCAGUCUGAACAGACAAAAUGUGAUUUUAAAAGGCUUCUUAACUCCCUAAAAGACUGUGGCAAGUCGGUUUUUAUUAGUGGGCCGCUCCCGACGAUGACGCAGAACUGCGAGCGUUUUAGCAGACUCCUUAGCCUAAACAGCUGGACCAACAUGCUUUGCAAUGCCCAAAAUGUUCAUUUUAUUGACAAUUUUAACAGUUUCUGGAACCGGCCUGAUUAUUUUAACAGUGAUGGCAUCCACCUGAACAGGUCUGGCAGAUCCAUCUUAGUUUCCAACAUCCAGUACAGUGUCCACACAAGCGCGCAGAUCGACUGACUAGUGUUUACAUCCACCUGUUCCUCAUGCUCCGCCUCUGACACCGUUACCAAUCACAGCGACCCCCAGCGUACCCCCCUGGAACUGCUCCCUGCACACCGACCUACCCGUCCCUCUGGCUCCCCCUACCCACCACUCAAGCCACUGCAACAGGAAAUAACAAGUUUUAAAAUCCCCACCAUCAUCAGCCACAGGCCCCUCCACCACCCUGCUCUAAGGAGUAGCCAUCAUGCCAACCUUCGCACACUACCCCGGUCCUCACAGGAAUCAUCAGUGAAACUGCCCCACCCACAUCACCUGAACCUGGCCCUGUUUAAUACCCGAUCACUCACCAGUAAAGGCCUCAUCCUGCAAGACUUCAUCAUGGACAAUAAACUGGACUUUCUCUUUUUAACAGAAACAUGGCACAAACCCCUGGACUACUUUUCCCUCAAUCAGGCCACCCCCACAGGCUACACCUAUAUUGAUAAACCCUGCCUAGAAGGCAGAGGUGGCGGCAUUGCAACAAUUCACAAUAAGGAUCUCAAAAUCAUUUCACUUUCCAUGCCAACCGUCUCCUCCUUUGAACAUGUUGCUCUCAAACUCCCUGGUUCCCCCCCUCUCAUUAUUGCUAUUAUCUACCGCCCACCUAAACCAAGCCCAGAUUUUCUGACUGACCUUUCUGACCUCCUCACACAGCUCUGUGCCCUCUCCCCAUCCGUUCUCCUCCUCGGUGACUUCAACAUCCACAUUGACAACCCCAGUUGCAGUCUAGCCCGUGAAUUUCUGGACAUCCUAGAAUGCUUCAGCUUCACCCAACACUGCCAUUUCCCCACCCAUAACCAUGGCCACACCCUGGACCUUAUCUGUUCAACCGGCCUGGAAACAUCCCCCCCCUCCUGCCACGAUCUCCAUAUCUCUGAUCACUUACUUAUCAAAACAGUUAUAACCCUCCCCGACCCACCCACCAGACUCAAACGAACCAUCAACUUCCGGAACCUCAAAUCAAUCAGCCCAUCUGCCCUCACCGCCGCUCUCUCUCUCAACCUCACCACAUCACCCCCACAAGCGUCCGAUAUCCCCUCUGAUCUUGUCACCUACUACAACCAGACCCUCUCCUCCUGUCUGAACCUACUUGCCCCUGUAAAAAGCAAAUCCGUCACAUUCGCCCGCUCUGCUCCUUGGUACACCCCAGCACUCCACCAGCUGAAACAAAAAAAAACGCCAACUUGAAAGACUCUACAGGAAAACCGGACUCACAAUUCACCUCCAGCUCUAUAGAGAUCACCUCCAUCAGUACAAAGCCACCCUCAACUCCGCCCGCUCAGCAUACUACUCCAACAUCAUUCACUCUGGCUCCAGCAACCCCAGGACCCUGUUCUCCACCAUCAACUCACUUCUGGCACCACAUGACAACAGCACUUCAACCUUCACACCAGACAAAUGCCAGACUUUCCUUCAGUUCUUCCAGUCCAAAAUAGACAACAUCUACAACAGCCUCCAGUCCGCAACUUCCGCCCCCACACCCCACCCCAAGUCCCCCCCCUUGUGCUCCCCCCACACCUCUGCUCAGCCCCUAUCCCAGUUUUCCCCCAUCUCUCAUGCCCAACUCUCCCAGUUAAUAACUAGCAUGAAGACUCCCACCUGCACCCUGGACCCCAUGCCCUCCGCACUCGUUAAGACCUGCCUUCCAGUCCUUUCUCCACUAAUCCUCUCCAUAGUCAACUCCUCCCUCCACACCGGAUCAGUCCCCGACUCCCUCAAACUGGCUGCUAUCACCCCAACCCUCAAAAAACCCGGACUCGACCCUGACAUAAUUUCUAACUUCCGCCCAAUUUCCAACCUUCCCCUGCUUUCUAAAAUAUUAGAACGUGCCGUCGCCUCUCAGCUUCAGACCCACCUCAACUCCAACAGCCUCUUUGAAGUCUUCCAAUCCGGUUUCCGUCCCAAACAUAGUACAGAAACAGCCCUCCUCAAGAUUUGCAAUGACCUCCUCCUCAGCGCUGAUUCCGGCCACAUUAGCUUCCUGAUUCUCCUGGACCUCACCGCUGCUUUUGACACCAUCCACCACUCCAUCCUCCUUUCCCGUCUUCAUGACUCAAUCUACAUAACUGGCACUGCCCUCUCCUGGUUCAAGUCAUACCUCACAAACCGCCAACAAUUCAUUAACAUAAACAGCAACUCCUCCACCACUGCUCCCCUGACCCAAGGUGUCCCCCAAGGUUCGGUGCUUGGCCCCCUCCUGUUCAUUAUUUACAUCCUCCCUCUUGGACAUAUCAUCCGUCGUCACGGCCUCCAAUUUCACUGUUACGCUGACGAUGUCCAACUUUACAUUUCCACUGAAUCCAUCACACCAUCCACCCUCUCCACCCUCUCAACCUGCCUCUCCGAAAUAAAGACCUGGAUGACCAACAACUACCUUCUACUGAACUGUGACAAAUCCGACAUGAUAAUCAUUGGCCCCAAAUCCAUCACCCAAUCCAUCCCCCCCUUCUCCAUCACAGCUGAUAACUCACCCCUGUCUCCUUCCUCCUCCAUCCGCAACCUUGGACUCAUCUUUGAUACCCACCUCACUUUCGAACAACACAUCAAACAGGUCACUAAAUCAGCCUUUUUUCACCUCAAAAACAUUGCCCGUAUUCGCCCAUCUCUCUCCCUCCCCGCAGCAGAAACCCUGGUCCACGCCUUCAUCACCUCAAGGUUAGAUUACUGCAACAGCCUCCUGUACGGUCUACCCUCUAAACUCCUCAACAAACUACAGAUAGUCCAGAAUUCUGCCGCCCGCCUCCUUACCCACACCCGUUCACGAGAUCACAUCACCCCCAUCCUCCUCCGUCUACACUGGCUCCCCAUCAAGCAACGCAUCAUGUUCAAGACCCUCCUUCUCACCCACAAAGCCCUUCAUCAUCAAGCCCCUUCUUAUCUCACCGACCUACUCCAGCCUCAUGUACCCCCCCGUAACCUCCGUUCCUCCUCUGCCCAUCUUCUCACCCCACUGUCACGGCCCAAGCACCGAACUUGGGGGGAUCGGGCAUUCUCCUCAGCUGCCCCUACCCUUUGGAACUCCCUACCUCCCUCCAUCAGACACUGCCCUGACCCCACUACUUUUAAAUCCCUUUUAAAAACCCACUUAUUUAAAAUUGCUUUUAAUAUUUAACUGUUUUGUCCAUCUUACUGUUUUCAUGUCUUUGUCUUAUUAUCUUGAAUUUUACGUACUAUGUAAAGCGUCUUUGAGUGUUUUUAAAAGCGCUGUACAAAUAAAAUGAAUUAUUAUUAUUAUUAUUAUUGUGCAGGAAGAGAGCACCAAGUUAUCUACACUCACCGGCCACUUUAUUAGGUACACCAUGCUAGUAACGGGUUGGACCCCCUUUUGCCUUCAGAACUGCCUCAAUUCUUCGUGGCAUAGAUUCAACAAGGUGCUGGAAGCAUUCCUCAGAGAGCUUGGUCCAUAUUGACAUGAUGGCAUCACACAGUUGCCGCAGAUUUGUCGGCUGCACAUCCAUGAUGCGAAUCUCCCGUUCCACCACAUCCCAAAGAUGCUCUAUUGGAUUGAGAUCUGGUGACUGUGGAGGCCAUUUGAGUACAGUGAACUCAUUGUCAUGUUCAAGAAACCAGUCUGAGAUGAUUCCAGCUUUAUGACAUGGCGCAUUAUCCUGCUGAAAGUAGCCAUCAGAAGUUGGGUACAUUGUGGUCAUAAAGGGAUGGACAUGGUCAGCAACAAUACUCAGGUAGGCUGUGGCGUUGCAACGAUGCUCAAUUGGUACCAAGGGGCCCAAAGAGUGCCAAGAAAAUAUUCCCCACACCAUGACACCACCACCACCAGCCUGAACCGUUGAUACAAGGCAGGAUGGAUCCAUGCUUUCAUGUUGUUGACGCCAAAUUCUGACCCUACCAUCCGAAUGUCGCAGCAGAAAUCGAGACUCAUCAGACCAGGCAACUUUUUUCCAAUCUUCUAUUGUCCAAUUUUGAUGAGCUUGUGCAAAUUGUAGCCUCAGUUUCCUGUUCUUAGCUGAAAGGAGUGGCACCCGGUGUGGUCUUCUGCUGCUGUAGCCCAUCUGCCUCAAAGUUCGACGUACUGUGCGUUCAGAGAUGCUCUUCUGCCUACCUUGGUUGUAACGGGUGGUUAUUUGAGUCACUGUUGCCUUUCUAUCAGCUCGAACCAGUCUGGCCAUUCUCCUCUGACCUCUGGCAUCAACAAGGCAUUUCCGCCCACAGAACUGCCGCUCACUGGAUAUUUUUUCUUUUUCGGACCAUUCUCUGUAAACCCUAGAGAUGGUUGUGCGUGAAAAUCCCAGUAGAUCAGCAGUUUCUGAAAUACUCAGACCAGCCCUUCUGGCACCAACAACCAUGCCACGUUCAAAGUCACUCAAAUCACCUUUCUUCCCCAUACUGAUGCUCGGUUUGAACUGCAGGAGAUUGUCUUGACCAUGUCUACAUGCCUAAAUGCACUAAGUUGCCGCCAUGUGAUUGGCUGAUUAGAAAUUAAGUGUUAACGAGCAGUUGGACAGGUGUACCUAAUAAAGUGGCCGGUGAGUGUAGACAAUCUCUUUCCCCUCACAUUUGACCUAGGGUUGGGCGAUAUGGCCUCAAAUCAAUAUCAUAUAUAUUGAUCAGUUCACCUGGAUAAUGAUAAAUGGACAAUAACUACUCCGCAAGCUGCUCACCCCCUACCAACUUAAACUUUGUCUACUUUAGCUGCCGCUCCAGCUGCUACAACUUUUGAACCGUCCUCCAUCUCCUCACCUGUCUUUCCUUCUUUGUUCCGGACUGGAUGGGGUGGAGUCACGUCUCCAACGUAGGACAGCAUCUUAAACGGAGAGCAUAGCCUACCUACACACAUCCAAAACCAACUUUUAUUUUUUUUUGACACAGAAUAUAUUGACACGGGCAAAAUGAUGUUGGUUAUUGUUAAAAUUUUGGUAUCUGUAGACUUUUGCUUUAUCGCCCAGCCCUAUGAUAACCCGCUCUGCAUCCUCUAUCCACAUUGUCUGCUCUAAUGUUCAUGCUUAUACAUCAAGCUUUGCAUGACUUUUGCUGAUCAGUUCAUGUUUAUUGGUCUGAUUAGAGAACAUAAAGAGUUUCUAACCCUCUUUUAUUAGUCUUAGCCUUUAUUGCACUCUGGUGAUUCAAUAAAAAAGCCAAAUAGUUGAAGUUUUACCCUCAAAAAGCAGCAGAGGAGACUGUAGAGGGCUGAUUUUUUUACAGCGCCGACUCUGCACACAAUAAACUUGAUUUUCCAUCCUUCCUGCAGAGUCUUUACUCUCUCCGCAGUUCAGCUUUCUGGCUCAUCACUUAGAGUUUAAAUCCUCAUACGUGACCUCUUGGUGAAGCUUCAGUUGGAUGCGCUGCAAGUCUGCGGUGUGUCUUUGUGUGUGUGUGUGUGUCUGUUUGUGUAUUCAUGUUUAGUUUAGCGAAGCCCUCCAAGAAAGCCGAUAAUAGCGGCCUGUGGUUGUCAGAUGAUGUUUCCGGCUGAAAGCUGUUAGAGGAGGGUUGGUGAGCGGCACUUGUGACAGAGAUGACAGUAUUAUAUGCCAGCUCCCAACGGGGCACAAAGAGCCGCUUCUCUGUUGCUCCGCCGGGUUCCCGUCCUCUUUCUGGCUGGAGACUCUGAGAACAUCCAAGGCUAAAAAAAGGAGACAAAGUUGUUUAACUUGUUCUCAAAGUAGAAUCGAGUAUUACUUCAGCUUUAAUAUAUCUCUAUCUGUAGAUGUCUGUUGUUUUUUCCUUUCCAUUUCACUGCUUUUAGCCUUUAUGUUUGCCACAAAAGGGAUCUGUCUGUUCUGUAAACUCCAAUUAUCCUCCCAUUCUCUCCCUGAAUCACAGUUUUGGAUAUCGCUCAUGCAUCCCCUCGCCAAGUAAACAACUUUGGCUGUGGUGUUGGCCUAGAUUCACCGUCUUGCUAAAGCAAUAUGUGGCCUUUGUUUGGGUUUUUUAGGCAUGGUUUAUGAAUGCGCUCACAGUUCACUCACAGUUUACUCUGUUAAAAAUGUUAACAGGCAGAGUUGUUUGAGUUUAUUAAGCUGCCGCAGACCAUAUUUCGAGUAGUAGACGAGUGUUCCUCAAGAUAAUUGUCGGGUUAGUUUGAAGCGAUCUUGCUGCUGUCUCUGAAAAUCUCCAGGAGCAGCUGGAGUCAGAGUUCAGAGAUAGCUGAUGUUCUCGCUUAUUAGACGAUAUUUCCGCUCGGCAUAAUGAACUUGGCUGAAUCCACCGGACAGGAAGCCUUUGCGACAAGUCAAAUAAUAGCCUCUGUGUUUAAACUUUGACUAUUUUGUCUCCCUCCAAACCAAUAAAUAGUGAAGCUUGCUCUAAGUGAGCAGGGAGUCUGGGACCUCAGAGAAGAGCGUCUCUCUCUCUCUCCCUUCAUGAUGAUAAGGGUCCUCAAAAAGAAGUCGAAAUAAUCCUUUCAGUCACUGAGGAUGGGGGAUGGAAGGAGGAAGUUGUUGUCAAGCCACCAAACCUUGAGUUCAAGUUGAGUGUCAAGGCCUCAGCGUUCAAGUCAAGGCUGAGUCAAGUCCCCUCAACCUGAGGAUGGACUCUGUUUUAGCAGCAUCACUUCAGACUAUCAACUGUAUGAACCUGCUUGCUUUUAUGCACAACACACACAGCGUUGUAACUUAAUUAAUAACUUCAAUCUAAGUCAGAGUGUGGUGUUUAUGUAUGAAAUGUGUUUCUACAUGUCACACAGAUUCAGAAAUUGAAGAAUUAGGAAAGGGAUAACCGUCCUCGGGCUAAUCAAGACUCAUAUGAAUAAAAGGACUGGACUUGGACUUGAGUCAUGUGGACUAAGUUGCAAUCCAUGCCAACAUCCUGAAGCGAAGUCAGGAGUUCAGGAAAACUGGACUUAAGUUCAAGUACUCAUGUUGCGUCUUGCUGCUCUUGUUGUAUCAGCUGUGUUUUGUUGUCGUUUUCGGAUUAAAAAACUGACUUCUUUGCAAACUGCUGCUUUUCUGGAGGUUUGUUGUUUAUUGACAAAACUUUAGCCUUCAUGAAGCUCUUUGACCGAUGACUGACAUAAUCAGGUAAAAACCCAAACUAGAUUAUCUUACCUUCUUUAAGAUGUUGUUUUUCCCUUUUGAAUUAACUUUUUCAAGAUUUGUUGAACCUUAUUACUUUCCUUCACUUCAUGUGAUUCAUUAAAGCUCCAGUGGGGAAGUUUUGGUUGUUUAUGUAACAGAUUGAAAUCCAAAUUAUUGUCUUUAUGUGACCUACAAAAAGAAACAGGACCAGGAAUUAAGACUGACCACCUCUAUGUACCGUAUUUUUUGGACUAGAAGUCGCACUUAAAAUCCUUAAAUCUUCUCAAAAAUUAACGGUGCACCUUAUAAUUGAGCGCGCCUUAUGUAUGAUUACUUUUUGUACUUACUGACCAAUUUUAUGCGGUAUAAUGCGCUCAAAAAUCUGUCGAAAUGUGUAAGUACGACUUUGGUAAGCAAUAAAGCCGCUCUGCUCAAUGGAUAUUCGGAGCAUUACAGUACUCUGUGUCACUACCCCGUAGCCCUGUAACAGGACCCCUGAGCAGUCUACAAGACUGCCUGACUGUAAUGUCUAAACUAGAAAUGCAUUCAAAAAAAGGCAGCCCGGGCCCGGAGUAUGCGCUAGCAACAAUAAACCAAUCAAUGCUUAAUGCACCUUAGAAUCCUUAUGUGUGAACAAAGACACGUUAAUUCACAGUGCGCCGUACCGUCUGGUGCGCAUUAUUGCCCGAAAAAUAUGGUAGUUGUUUGUAAUAUCUAAAGGUACUAGUUUUUGGGUUAGAUAUUUGCUUAAUGAUGCAUUCGUGUGUUAAAACAAUGCAGGACAAGAUCAGCAAAGCAAUGAGAGGUAUCGCUUUGUCCAGGGGGGGCGCCAAAAUUAACAAUAACUGAGAGUUCUCCAUAGGAACUUUAGUGUAACCUGUCAUUAAAGGUUUGUGCUCUUGUAACUGAUUUGAAGUUUAUUUGUUGGUCGUUUUAAGCAAAAAAAGAAAAAAAAACCCAGAAGAAGAAAUAUUCUUGCUUCUUUGGCAAAUACACAGAGCUCAAUCGUAAGUUUUUAGGGAGUAUUUUCUUCUCCAGACUGUAGUUAAAAUUUAAAAACAGCUCAUUAUAUUUUAUCAAUUCGGCUGAGCUACUCCAGUCUUUCCACAUACCUUGGGAGCUUCAUAAGUACCCCCCAGAGAAUCAGUAAUGGGGAAACUUCUAUUCAUUUUCUCUGUAUUUAGGUGCAGGCAGACAAAUGUGUCAAAACUAUUCAACUUUCAAUGGGUUCUGGGCCUGAGCUGCAGUCUGCAUUAUUGUUGUCACCCGGCCAACUUUUCCUUUCGAGGGACUGGAAGCAUUCUCCUGCACGCUGCAGCUGCCACAGCUGGAAAGAACACAGUGUUAUAGUAAAUGGUCGUGGUGAUAUUUUGCCUUGAGAGGAACCUCUGACUCAGGAGGAGCAGGAGAGGUCCGGAUCAGAAUGAAACACAUCUGUGGCUGUUUACUGGCACUUUGGGAUGAUUUUAGUGUCUUACACUUUUGUAAAUGCUUAAAUGAAUAAUCCUAAAUUUUAAUCUAAACAUACACAAACAAUAGAUGAUUUUUCACCCUGGAUUACAAAACCAGAGCUUAAAGUGUGCAAAUAUUUCUAUCUGACAAAACAGACUAAACAGGAUCCAAGACUUGGAUGUAUGACCUGCACUUAUCUCCAGAUUUGUCCUCACCCUCUCAUGGCUCUAUUAUUUCAUUGCAUCCUCUUGAUUCACUACCAGAAAUGACAUACAGGAUAGUGUAGAAAGAGCUGUAUAAUCAAAGGGGGCCGGGUCCUGAAGACAGGCAGAUUGCCUGUGGUAAAAAGCCUCAGCUUGUUCUUCAACACUCCCUUUGAUGAGGAGGUGUUGAUGUGUGAUAUCAGCAUUAACUACAUGUCAUCUGAGACCCCUGACAAGCUUCCUACAGUGGUAGUUUGGUGCUAAAAAUAAAUACAGCAACAGCAGCCAAGGUGUUCAAGGGGGAUUCCAGUACGAACAACCCCACAGAAGACAAGGCGUCCAAGAUCUCUAGAAAGAAUGUCAAAUUUAGAUUCGAGUCGAAAUACAGAAGAAGAAAUGACGUAUUUGGACAAUGUUCACUGAUGAAGUGUGUCCUUUAAUAGGUCCUGUUUUUGCCAUUUACACUCACAAAUGUUUGAUCUGAUAAUCCCACAGCUUUAGAAAAGUUAUAAGAACAUAUUAGAAUAUAUUAUAGAAAUAUGUACCAUAGAAAUAUUGAAGAGCAAUCACAGUACUCUCUUCUCCGCCACCAGACCCCAUCAUAAAAAAACAGUAAUUUUACCGUGCUGAACACAGGAGUUGCAGAUCAGCUGUACUGAAUGGUUAGCUUCAAACAGUAUGUGUUAUUGUGUCGGGUUGGAUUUAUGCUAACAGUAAGGGAUGAAAAAAGUCACUAAAGAUAAACAGCUGUGGGAAACGUAGACAACUAACUCCUAUGUCCUGUGGAGUAAACUUUCUGCUUUGUCAAUGAAGUCUGGUAGGUUUAAAGAGCGCACUGUUAAGACUGCUUCUGGAAUAUUCCAGCAUUUACAACCUUUCAUGGCUGGGCUGUGCACGCCAGUCUUUUGCAUUUGUACCUCCAUUAUUAGCCGAGUGCAGAAUGGUUUCUCUGUGUAAGAAACAAUCCUAUUGUAGGUUUGUCUUUUUGACAGCUCAGGUCGGGGGACGUGUCUGGACAAUGAACCUCUGAAACGAGACUUCCUGUACCCAACAGUGGCCCCGGGGCAGGUGUACGAUGCAGACGAGCAGUGUCGCUUCCAGUACGGGGCUUCUUCACGCCAGUGCAAGUAUGGGGUAAGACACCAGCAUCUCCUUCUCACAUGUCCUUCUACCACUGACCCCUAAAACUGUGUUUUCCAUUCAUAUGUUCCCAGACUAAGAGAUGAUAUAGAUCAAUAAAUUCAUGGAGGAGACACCAACAAAGGCCAGGACUUUACUUCCAAAAUUUAACAGUAAAAUACUGACAAAAAGACAGACUAACCCACUGGCAAUGAUUUUUAAAAACCAGGACUUCUUAUUAUUGGGUUUUCCUAUUCUUGUGAAUCCAAUAUCUCAGGAACUCAUGGAGGGAAUGUCCUCAUAUUUGGCAAAACCAUUCGUUUUGAUCUAAGGAUGAAAAAAUUUCAACUUUGGUCCUUAAACGUCAAAGGUCAAAAAACAUUCCCACGGCCCGAACUCAAGCAUUCCUGCAUUAAUUGUGAAUGAAUGGAUUUUUCCUAUUUUGGUCAUCCAUCAAAGAAGAAUAUGAUUAUAAUACAAAUACAAACAAAUGUAACAAAUCUGCUUGUGAGGUUGUGACAUUUCUCACCCUACAGACAAAGGUCAACCCCACCAUGACAAUAUAAUGCCCUACAAACUCCACACUCCUCCUAUAUGCCUUGAAGUGCAAUAUCUUACACAAGUCAGGGGUCAAAGUUCAAGGUUUCUGUGGUCAAACUUCCAACCCAUCAUUUUAUAUUUUGUCUGAGAACAACAUGGCUGUCUCCCCUCCCCCCGUCACACGCCUGUUCGCACACAUUUUUGAGGUCCCAAUGACAAAGUGAGCCAAAAAGUGUCACCUCCAUGACUAUUAAAGGACUAUUUCAACAUGUUGCAUAAGCAGCUCUGAUGUAAAGUUCCAUCUUGUGCAGACUUCACUUUGGUAAUAACAGUUUAUAUUCCCCGGGUUAGAUUACAGCGAAAAAAGUUUCUUGUUUGAUAAUUGUCUGACAACGUCAGCUGGUUUUGGAGUGUCUUUCAACACUGUUUCUUUUCCAUCUUUCACAUAUAAACUCACCAGACAGAGGGCUGAAGAUGAACAACAUCACUCCCUCCCUCCACUGUAAAGAUUAUGACUAAGUAAUGGGAAAACCUCAGCACAUGAGGGGAAACAGGCAGUGAAAGACAAGCAUCAAAUGAAAGACUCCUCGAAAAUCCUCAAAGAUUUAAUCAAAAAUAACAUGAUAUUCUUCUGCGUUACAUAAAUAUUUGAUCAAACGAUGGAAAAAGCGAGCAGAGACCAGCUGAGAUCAUAGAGUUAUUUCAUUUCAUUGAAAGAAAUAUCUGACAGCAGAUUAUAACAGGCUUCAAAUCAAGCCCUGUUAUUUUGGCCUAUAAGCUCAUAAUUGUGGUUUUAGAUCAGCAUGAAAGACGCACAUUUACGAGCAGAUUAGAUUCCAGCAAAGCUCGACGUGAGUUUUUCAUCUGAUCUGUUCUGUGAAACCAUCUGUGAAAGAGAUGCCCUCUGUGACUCUUUACAGGACAGACGUGACCACAGAAAUGGAUAAAAAAGUCGAAUAAUAAUGAGUGGAAGAGUCUGGUUUCCAAAGCCGUAACAUAUUAAUAACAACAGUGAUGGGAAACUUUAGGAAGUCCUGCCAGAGCGUAUCAAAGUUUAUCACUAACAUAACAAUAAAUAAUCUCACUCACUCAUGACGUGGUUUUUAAUAUUUCGCUGGUUUUGAGAUGACAAAAUGAUUUAUUAAAUAUUCAGCCACAGGAAGCCACAAAUCUUUACUCUAUUCGCUCAUCUUUGGGACCACACAUGACAAAGUGUGUCCUGUUUAACCAUGUCAAUAAGAAGUGUUUUCAGGGUGGGAAGCAAGAAAGAAAAAUCAUAUCGCUCAAAAAGGUCUUUUUGGAGUUAGUCCCAGACUACCUAAGCAUUUGAUGCCGGGCUAGGUGGCUUAUUUUUUUUUAACUUUGCGUUUAGGACUCCAGACUUACAGGAUUUAGUUUCCCAAACUCACCAUUUCUGGGCUGCUUUAAGUACUACAUCAUGGUUGUUUAGAAAAUGUCGCUCAAACCUGCUUUGUAAUUGGUUACAAUUUGAUAACACAUGAAAAAACACAAUAUAAAACACCAUAAGCACAUAAAACACCGUAGGAUACUAUAUUAUAGGGCUGGGCAAUAAACCGAAAAAUUACUAUACCGAAAUUUACAAUAAUAACCAACAUCAUUUUGCCCAUAUCAGUAUAUUCUGUGUUAAAAUAAUAAAUAAAUCAAAGUUGGUUUUGGAUGUGUGUAGGUAGGCUAUGGUCUCAUGUCCCUGUCGCUACGUCAGAGACGUGACUCCACCCCAUCCAGUCUGUAACAAAGAGGGAAAGACAGGUGAGGAGAUGGAGGACGGUUCAAAGUUGUAACGGCAGGGGCGGCGACUGAAGUAGACAAAGUUACUGUGGGAGGGGGUGAGCAGCUUGUGGAGUAGUUAUCGUCCAUUUAUUGUUAUCAAGGUAAACUUCUAAAUAUAUCGUGAUAUUGAUUUGAGGCCAUAUCGCCCAGCCCUAAGUCCCAGACUACCUAAGCGUUUGAUGCUAGGCUAGGUGGUUAAUUCUACGACUGAAUGAAUAUUGAUAUGUUAUAACUGCGUAUCGGACUACAGACUUACAGGAUUCAAUCACCCAAACUCACCGUUUCUGGGCUGCUUGAAGUGUGACAUUAUGGUUGCUUAAAAACAUGGCGCUUCAAUCUGCUUUGUGAUUGGUUACAGUUUGAUAACAUAUGGAAAAACAAAAUAUCAAACAGCCUAACCUCAUAAAACACCAUAGAAUACUAUAUGAGACAAUAUAUUACUCUGAUACUGUAUGAUAGAAUAGAAAAAGUGAAAUACUAUUAUUGCUGAUGACUCUGCAGAAUUAGCUUUUUCUAUGUGUCUCACCGGAUUUAUCCUUUUUUCUAACAUCUGUCAUAAAAAGCCUUUUAAUCACAAUUACAUCUGUUAAUACAAGAAAAGAUUUAAAGACCUGGUGGAGAUGACUGGACAUGUUUCAUAAAGUCUGAGGUUAUUUAGUAUCAGACAAUCCUGGCCCCACUGAAAGAAAUCGAACCAAUACAAACAGCCCAUCAUUCUUUAAUCAAAGUGCAAACAUCCAACCGGAGGAUAAAUGACUUUGUACUCAGGGGUCAUUACGAGAAGAGGCUGUGAACCGCUGAUGUAAUAACUCAGCAGUUAUGGCUGACGACACUUUUAGAACAAGGGGAUAUCGCAGCCGUUAAAUCACAGCGUGAGACUCUGUCAGAGGUGGGAAAAGUAACUCAGAUGUCAAGAGAGGAAGUUUGGCUAAUUUACGGCAAUCAUUUAGUUUCAGCGAAGCCUCCAGUCUGUGCUCAAAGAAGCUACCAACUUAAGAAGCUGGAGGUAUGGAAAACAAACAACCUUUGAUGGCUAUAUUAGCGAGACCCUUACUGAGUGCCCCUGCCCUUUUUAUUGCCCGCUUGUUCUCUCUUUAGCGUAAAUCCAUCAGGCUCACAUCCUCGUUUGUUAAGGCCCGGGCUGCUGACCUUUCCGUGAGGCCGAGAUAGUGAAUGGAGCAGCGGGGCAGCUUAUUGAAACCAGCUGGCCGAGGGGAGCCGCUGCAACCAGAGAGUGGCAGUUUGCCGCUUUAUUUAAUCUGGAUAUGCUGAGGGAGCUGCGAGGCCGUGGCAUAUUUACUGACCCCGGGGGUCAGAAUCUAUGCGCGGGAUCGUAACUCUUUUUCAUGGGCCUGCUCUUCUGCCGUACACAAUUGUCCUGUAAAAGCCUUUGAAGUUAGGAGGCGAGUCGACCCAGUUUGGUUUAAUGGGGAAUCUAAUGCAAGCUUGUGCAGAGCUGCUCUUGUAACAUGUGUUCACUUUGUGGUUUUAUUUAUUUGGGAGCAACUCAGAGCUGUCUACUCUCCCUCUCUCUUUCUCUCUCUCUCUCACACACUCCUCUCUUUUGCUAAUCUAAAUGGUUUCUCCUUAUGCUCCAGACUGAGGAGUGAGGAGUGUUUAUACAGAGCGCUCAGUAAUACUAAAGAUAUUUGUCCGGCCUUCAAGUUGUCUCUAUCUAAGACUUGGGGGGCCUGUUGCUCACUCUUGAUUUCCCCUAAGAAGCAGAAAUUGGAUUUCUUGAACUGAUGUCACGGUCCCGUGAGGUCCCGAGGCAAACGUGAAUAAACGUUAGUCAUGGUGGUGUUGAUCCAGCUGACUCUUCAUUUCUCAUAAGAGAACAUUAACAGCAACCAGUGACCCUUGGCGUGUUGCUCAAGAUGCAUCAUGAUCCAAAGCAUAUGGGCUCUUAAAGUCAGCAGUCUGGAUGUGGUCUCUGCAGCUCCUCUCAUCCUCUGAUUUGAUCUGGAAUGAUGUAGAUUUAUAGAUGAUGCUGUUUGUGUUCAGACUCUUCUCUCCCAGACAACAAAAGAUGAAGAGGAAAACCACAAAAGGCUACUGAUAAAUCAUUCUCCCCCUCAUUCAUUAACAAACAAACCCCCCCUCAGACUGCUGAAAUGAUUUAUUCUGACCAACUUGCUUUUGCCUUCUUUCCUAGGAAGUGUGUAGAGAGCUCUGGUGCCUUAGCAAAAGCAACCGCUGUGUAACUAACAGUAUCCCUGCUGCAGAGGGGACUCUGUGCCAGACUGGCAGCAUUGAGAAAGGGGUAAGUCAUCAAAUGUUUCUCAUGUUUUGAAAAAUUUUACCCCCCAGAAACACCGCAUCUUCUCACUUACUCAAUCCAACUGGUAUCUGGGGAUAACUUGUGGUUUUAAGAUACCCUCAGAGUUUUCUGCACCCACCCAAACCUCCCUUAACUGGUGUUGUAAGAUCGGGAGGAGGACGAUGAGGGAUCUCAGCCAUGUACUUUGGAAAUGUCGACCAAGUUUUUGCAAAGUGGCAUAAAAAAGCAAACUUUUGAGUCAUGAUGUCUCAACGAGCUACAAACUGACAGCCAAGCUUGUCAAGAACACUUAGAUUUGAUGAGCGGGGUCAAAAAGUUCCCAUGAUUCACAUUUAUAUGGACACAGCUCUGCAGAGAAGGACUAAAAGACAUAAUACUUUAAAAUUUGGCCUAAAGGUGGGGUAGGCAGGAUCUAAGGAAGUGCUACUGUAGAUGCCAACACACUACCAGCAAACACAAUGUUUGCAGGACUUCUACAACUAGGAUAAAGGGACAUAGUCCAGGACCCGAGGUCAACAGUUUAGCGGCGCUACAACACGCAGCUGGUCCUGUUUGUUUACAGUAAGAAUGAGCGGGCCGCUCAAAAAUUUUUAAAAUGUUGACUACACAGACAUAAUAUCGUUAUAACACAGCGAUAUCGUUAUAUUACCAAAUGUCAUCAAUGACUAAUAGCUAUUGACUGAUAUUAAAAGAUUUUUUGUAUAUAUACAACACAAAAAAAGAAGCUUCUUUAACGGAUUCCCACCUAUCCCACCUUUAACAAGAGAUAGAGUAAUCAUCGAGAGUAUUUUUAUGUCAAUUAUUAAAGUCAUACAUUUGAUUGAUAGAUAUGCCCAACCAAUCACAGCACAGGAGAGCAGGGUCAGGUGUAGCUCUGUGUGGCUGAAGGAUAACACUAAAUCACUGUAGUGUGACACGGCUUGCACGACUUCACCUUCAAGGUCAACCCUGAUUCAGUUGUCUUAAAGUCAACGCCGUUGGAGAGCUCUGUGCAGAUUAACUUUGCGGUAGAUCCAAUGACAGUACUUCAACUGACACAAUCUUAUUACCUUUUGGUUGUCAAUAAGAGACAGUGCAGCUUCUCAAAGUGACGACCAACUUCCAUUACAGCUGGUGUUUAGCAAUAUAGGACUUCUGGCUCUACCUUCUUCUUGUAGCCUGACUAGAAAAUUGAGAAUCAAAAUGCAGCUAGAGUUAAGAUAGCAGAUGUUUAUGGGCAUCGACUGAAUGUAAAUCUUUGCAGGAUGAAACCCACAUAAAUUCUAGGAUUGCUUCACAGGAGGUUGCAUUCCUUAUUUUAGCUCCCCUUAUUUCCUGCAGACAGGCUCAGCUAGGACCGGGCGAUUUGGCAAAAUAAAUGAUCUCAAUAUAUUAUGUCAUAUCGUCUGAUCUUGAUUAUUAUCACGUAUGUUUUAAAAAAUUUAAGAUUUUAAGAUUUAAAAUUGAUUUAAAGCAGAUUUAAAGCAUCUGUACUAAAAACUAGUUCAGCAUUUUAUUAACAUACAAAAUAAAGCAAAUUUAACAAGAUAAACAAGAAAAGUAUAAAAAGCAUUUUAACUCAACAGUGCAACAAAUGUAGAUGAAUAUUAAUUAAUACAUUGAACUAGAUUACAGUCCUAAGCGUUUUUGCAGGUAUGCAAGACCCAAAAUAAAGAAAUCGCUCCCUCAGGGGUAAUGAGGACGCCUUAGAAUGUAAACAUUAGAUGGCGUAAACUUUUGGAGAUACCCAAAACGCGGCACUGCCACACAACCGACAUUGAAUAACUUUUGUUCUUAACGAUUACAUCUUCGGAGGAUGACUCCAAGUCAUGGCUGACAUCUUUUUGCUGCCCUCAGCUCUGUGUUUCAUUCCACCAUUGGUCAUUCAGUUUACUUCACCCUGUUUACUUCUCUGUCAGUUUACAGAAGUGAGCAGGAAAAGCCCAACUCUGAUUAGCUGUUGUGACGCACAUCUUUGCUAUGUUUGAUCGAGUACCGUAUUUUUCACACUAUAUGGUGCACUUAAAAUCCUUUAAUUUUCUCAAUAAUCCUCAGUGCGCCUUAUAAUCAGGUGCGCCUUAUGUAUGAAUUCUGGUUGUGCUUACUGACCUCGAACCCAUUUUAUGUGGUACACAGCGCUCAAAAAUCUGUCAAAAUGUUUCAUUACAACUUAGGUAAGCUAAAAAGCCGCACUGCCUUAAGCUUGUAGGAGCACUGCUGCUACUGUAGCCUCGCAGAGUUAUUGAAUGAGUUAAACAUGGUUUGACUUAUCUGACUGUUUUGUUUGGCUUAAUGCGCUUUAUAAUCCGGUGCGCCCUAUGUAUGAAAAUAGACACAAAUAGACGCAUUCAUUGAUGGUGUGCCGAUAAUCAGGUGCACCCUAUAGUGCGAAAAAUUCAGUAAAUAUACCAACAGCUGAUCACCGUGAUCGAACUGAAAUUUAUCACGAUCAAACAUCACGAUCAUAUAAUCACUCGGUCGUAGCUUCAGCCCACUGAAACACUUGAGGACGAUGUUACCUGUACUUCAUGAGGGUCCAAGAAGGAACCCAAUGAGGGGCCUCCUUUAUGCACCUCUUUUUCAAAGUUUAAUUCCUUUAACAAACUUAUAAUAAUCUGCUUGAUUUAUUCAGCUUUUAUUUACUUUUUAAAAACUGGGACAACCUGCUCUUAAACCAUCCCAUACAAAGAGAGUCCAGCACCUGCUGCUCUGGGUGCACAGGCUUGCGUUACCUCAUUGCUUGGACUUGCAAUUAUCCUGAUCUUGAGUUUGAACUCGUCCCACUGGCCAUGACACACAAACACAUGCAUACACACACACACACUCUCUCACACACAUGUAACCAGGCCAGGCUUGAGGUCAUUGGCCCUCUGUUGAUGCCAGCCAGGUUAGUGGAGACAGUUUUAACACGGAUUACGGCAGCCAUUGUUGCCCGAUGGUCCGAGCUCUAAAAGGGAAGAAUAGAAGAGUGUCACGAGCUGUCACCCGCGAUUACCAUUAGCUCAGUGGAGCCUUUGAGGUUCGGGGCCCACGGACAGGGUCCUGGACAACACAGGGGGCCCCAGGUUGAGCCAGGGGGGCUUUGGAGCAGCUUUAGGAGAGCCACCGGCAUACCCUGUCUGCCCCUGCCUGGGACAGCUUCAAAGGAAUAUGAAUGUCAGCCAUUUCUCACCCAGCAUGUAAUGGAGAGAGGCCCUUCCAACAGGAGCAAGAGAAGGGGGGAGAGAGAAGGGGGGAGGGGGCCGAGGGAGGUGUAAGAGACACAGAAACUGACCAGCGCAGAAGAGUCGUUUUUACGUUCACUUGAACCUGCAGAAACAAACUCUGGGAUCGUUUGGGAGAGCAGACUUCGCCUCCCUCCUCCUGAGUUCCCCUCUGUGUCCUCCUGAUCCCUCUGACCUUCUCAUCUCUCCUUCUCGCCUCACCUCGCUCUCUGCUAAUCCUGUUUAGACAGCAUCUCAGGACAAGAAUGAGUAAGUCAAGGGAAAGAGGACAGCGGCCCAACCUCACCUUGACUGUCCUGGUGUCACUUGGCUCUUAGCCUACUGACACAGUUGGAGAGACAAAGAGCUGUCUCUGAUCCCCUCUUCACUCUGCAGCUCCAAACAGCUUAGUGAGAGGAUUAAAACACUCCUGAAAAGCCGCACAGCGCCUCACAUCCCUCACCUGAAAAACUACACAGUACCCUGGAAGCACCGAACCAAAAUACUGAAUCUGUUUCAUAUUUUUAUGAAAAUUUAGAUUACACAAGAAAUUUAAAAAUGUGUUCAGAUAAUUAAACUGGACUGUUUUAAUCGACUAACAAACCAAAAAAAAAAAAUGGAAAAUGUACUUUUAAUUACCUUGUGCUUAUGUUGCCCCUAAAAUAGCACGACCCCACAUCCUUAUUGUUUUAUAGUAUUACAAACCCAGUUCCAAAAAAGUCAAGGCAUGUAAAAUAUUCAUCAAAACAGAUUUUGAUUAUUACAAUAUUUGGUUAAAAACAGUCAAAACGUUUCAAAAAAGUUAAGUCCGUCUUGUCACGUGCAUUUGUGGAUGCACUGACAAACUGUGUUCACAAACUUUGCUUUUUGGAAGUGAUUUUGAGUCCAUGUGGAGGCUCCCACUACAGAGUCAUGUCUGUUUUAGGUGCAGCUCUCCAGAAUUGGUUUCUCAUGAUUCUUCAAACCUUUUAAUAUCAUAUUUUGGAGAUGAUAAAUAAUGAGGUUUUGCAUUUUAAGGCUGAAAAACAUCAUUCUGGGAUUGUUUAACUUGUAGUUUAACUUGUUUAAUGUGUAGGUUAAUUUGUUUAAUUUGUUUAAUUAGUAGUUAAACUUGUUUAAUUUGUAGUUUAACUUGUUCAAUUUGUAGUUAAAAUUUUUAAAUUUGUAGUUUAACUUGUUCAAUUUGUAGUUUAACUUAUUUAAUUUGUAGUUUAACUUGUUUAAUUUGUAUUUUAACUUGAAGUUUAACUUAUUUAAUUUGUAGUUUAACUUUUUUAACUUGUCGUUUAACUUUUUUAAUUUGUGAUUAAUCUUGUAGUUUAACUUUUUUAACUUGUAGUUUAACUUGUAGUUUAACUGAUUUAAUUUGCAGUUUUACUUGCUAAUCUUGUUUAAUUUGUAGUCAACUUUGUAGUUUAGCUUUUUUAAUUUGUAGCUGAACUUGUUAAGCUAGUAGUUUCUUAGCUUGUGUAUUUCUCUCUUCACCUCAUCAUCAUAUGUGUGUUAUUAGAGUUUGGUACUGUCAGCUUCAUGCAACAGAGAGAGGAGAUGCGGACAGCUUAACAUAAAACGAGAGCAAACUGCACUUAGCUGCAGAACCUUUGGGGCGUCUUUGCAUUUUUGCAUCAUUAGUUGAACUUCAUUUGGGAGUUGCACUUUGAAACCAAGACGAUAUGAUACUAAUGUUAGGGGGUAGGCAUAAGACGGUUGACAGUAAUCUCAAGAAACAGCCUGUCUUUCAAUUUUUAGCACCAAAUAUUUACAAUAAAUGUCACACUUGACAUUUAAAAAAUUAAGCGGGAUAAGACGUUUCUCAUUUUCUUAUGUUUAAGAGAUAAACGGUGUCACUUUGUCCACUUGAGGCGCCAUUUCCAAAAAUGUUGAACUAUUCCUUUAAUGAAGAAGCAGACACAUAAACAAUACAACAGUAGACCUCAGUGAGGAGGGAACCAGGACAGCAAUAACAACAAAAUGGCAGGUGAGAGAGGUAAAAUAACAGGACUAAUGCGGAAAUGAAAUUAUAGGGUGAGUAAUAGUGUAAUCACAAGUGUGGUAAAGCCUGUGUGUGUGUGUGUGUGUGUGUGUGUGUGUGCGUGCGUGCGUGCGUGAGUGUUUCUAAAGUGAAACAGAGGCAGAGUGAUUGUGUUACUGAAAGGGCGCUUCAUCAGUCAGGUUCUGUAUAGUCUACCUUUCACCAUAAACACAUCCUUAUGAAUUUAUAGGGGGCUAAUAAUGGUGUAAAACUGUAAAACUGACACUGAAGUAUUUGUGGUUGUAAUAAUAAGUUGUGUGUUUUAGAGAUUGUCGUCUAAACUGAACUCUCUAAAACAAUCGUUAAUGUGUCUCUGUGUUUGUGUUGUAAAGAAAUGCUGCACAAUAACACCAAAGUUUCCCCCCUUUCUCUUUUUCUCUCUGUGUGUGUCUCCGCUCCUCCCGGUCAGUGGUGCUACCAGGGGGAUUGCGUGGCGUUCGGUACCUGGCCUCAGAGCGAGGAUGGAGGCUGGGGGCCCUGGUCCAUGUGGGGGGAGUGCAGCAGGACCUGUGGGGGCGGUGUGUCCUCCUCCAUGAGGCACUGUGACAGCCCAGCGUAAGUAGGCAAAGUAAGCCACAGCAAGCUGAACACACACAUCCAGGUCCUGCCUACAGGUGUGUGUUUGUGUUUACGUGUGCAUGUGUGUGCCGUGUGGAUGUUUGUUACGUCUGAGUGGGAGUAGAGAUAAUUGGAUUUUCUCUGAAGUAAAUAAGUUGUCAGAUAUUUCAAGAGUACACGACUCUUUGCUUGGGAAAAACAACCUUAGUGGCUUUAUUUCUAAAGCUCUUGUCAAGACUUUUCCCAAACAGUCAUAUUUUUGCAAUGAGAUUGAACGCUGGACCUAUUUUUACAUUUUCAAAAAGGCUUAACAGAGAGUACAAAAGUGUAGGAAGGGACGUAUUUUUUGAUCGUAAUGAGUGAGAAUUACAAAAACACAAACUUUCUAUAACUGUGCACAUACAGGCAGUGAAAGCCCCGGUCAUGAGUUUUAGCAGGUCAUGAAACAGACAAUGAAAGCAAAGAAGACCAUCAGCAACUACAUUGACUAUUUCUGUGUUGAAAUUUUAGUGCCUGUUCAUCAAAAACAAAUCGAAAAACUGCUUUAGAUCAGAACUGGUUCAAACCAUUACCAUCAUUUGCCUUUAAGCUUUAAUAGUUUCCAUAUUGAUGGAAACUUAGCUCUGCUCAGUUUUGCAUUCCCUGCAAAACAACAAAAAGAGACAGUCAACAUGAAAGACAACCAAGAAAACAAUAUCUGGCAGAAGACAAACGCUGUUGGAUUUAACUAAAUAUUGUUGUGUUUAGCUCUUAAAAUGGUCUAAGAAUAAAUGUCUCUCCAAAUCUCAUGUGGGAGGACACACAGGUCAAUGAGUUUGAUCCUGUUUGUCAGUGUUAACUGUUCAAAAAACUACCUCACUUAUCCAGAGAGAUAUCCAGAGAGGUUCUCAAUACCUCUAGCUAAGCUCCACCCACAAAUUUAAGGUCAUACCGUUUACUAACGAUAAAAGGAUUCUCUUAAAAUGACUCUUUGAAAUAUCUCUUAUCAUAAUGUAUCAUUUUAAAUAGAGAAACACCAGGUAGCUUUAAGGCAACAGUGGAGGAGGCUUUCCGAGACCUGGCUAAUCAGAAGAAGAUGGCUCAUGUCUUAAAGAGACAGUAGCUAAAAUAAAGCAUUUUAGAUAGAAGAUAGAAGCUAACGUCUCCAAGCUGUGCAUCGAACAAAACUACUACAGAAGUUUUAGAGGAACAGCGAAGCUAGCAUAUGAGCUAGCCUAGCUUGUAUUUACUCUUCUAUAAGUAGAAAAGAGUCAGAGGUAAUUUAAAGGGAUAUUCUGGCGUAAAAUUAAGUUAGGGUCAAACACACUGUAACACAGAGUUAGACAACCCAUUGAGAGAUGAAUGUUGCCGACCGCUUGCUUCUCUAGUUAUACCAACUUUAGUAAUGACCGCAGGAAAGCAACACAGAGAGCCACACGGGCAACCAAAACGCCACUCUAUAGCCACAAAUAAUGCUCAGAACAGCACCUAACUUCAUUAACAGUACAUAUAGGGUCCCAGCCACAGUACUAGACAUCAAACAUAUUUUUAGCUUUGCCUGAUAUCAGAGUAUGUGGCUCUCUGUAUUGCUAUCUGUGGUUGUUAGUAGGGUUGGUGUAACUAGAGAAGCAAGUGGUCGGCAACAUUAGCCUCUCGAUGGAGUGUCUAACUUGGUGUUACGGUGUGUUUGACCCCAACUUAAUUUUACGCCAGAAUAUCCCUUUAAAUGACCCCGUGAUGUCCUUUUUCAAACUACAGCCACCACAAAACGGUAGUUACAUCGGGCUAAAUGAGGCCAAAGCAGGCGUGAAAAUCAGCAGAGGACGGUUCUGUAAGGUUUCUCCGACAAGCAUUAAACUCAUAAACUACACACAGACGAAUCUCCUCAUGUUGUUUAAGAUGAACCGAUACAGCAUGUGCUAUCAGUUAAAACACAGCCCUCCUCUGUAUCGUAGUUUAUAGCGCUGUUUAGUUUAGUUUUAAGGACUCUCGUGCGUCUUCAGCAGACAAAUCAUCGUCUGGUGCAUCUCUUGUCUGCCAAGGAGACGUUUUUGGAUCCUUAUCCUGCUUCCAGCGUUGCAUUCCUUCAGCUGUGGAAGCUAGAUAUUACGUCAGACACGUCAUGGGAAGACACGAGAGGAGAGCCAGGGUGAACCAGAGGGAAGGAAAAAAGGGGGUGGAGGGGGGGAGGCAGCUAAAUAAUGUGGAACACCUGUGUAAGGUGAUCGCUGCUGCUCAGGCAUCAGGGGAAAACAUGGCCAGACGAGAAUUUGUGCAAUGAAGUGCAAAUAGUCAUGGAUAGGGAGGCCGAUGGAGGUGAAGAGAGGGGGAAAGAUAAAAAUAAGAGGGAAAGGAGCAAGUGGAGAAUGAUUCAAGGCUACCAAGCUAAGCAUCUCUACAAAACUGAUCUGACAUGUCACACUCGAAGGCUUCAAGAGCAGCUUAUAUUUUGUGAAUGAAUCCCCUCCAAACACAUAAGCGCACUUUGUCCCCUCGCAAAGACGUUUCUCAUGACCCGCAUCCAUCAAAGCCUUCCUGAGUAUCUCUUCUAUCAAUAAAACUUAUGAAGUGUUUUUGUGAUUAUAUGUCGCUUUAAGUGAUGUCCUCACACUCACUGAUUUCUCUUUUGUCUCACAGCCCGUCUGGAGGAGGCAAGUACUGUCUUGGGGAGAGGAAACGCUACAGAUCUUGUAACACUGAUGUGAGUUUCUUUCUUUUUUGGCUUCUUAUUCAACAACCUGAUCUCAAAAAAGUUGUGAAAAAGGUCUAUAAAAACAGAUUUUGAACCUUAUAUAUAACGCCUGUGAUAUUUCUCGUAUCUGACAUCUUUUUAUCGCACACAGUGUCCCAGCGUUUAUUUUUUUGUACUUUUGGUGCUUCAGUGGAAGUCCUGAGAUGGAUCUGGCCUGUCACCGGAGCUCACUUUGCACCCUCACGCCUUAUUAUUCUCCUGCUGCGUGUGUUAUCUUAGGGAGCGCUUUAUAAGGAGCAUGUUAGCUCGCAGCAUCACGCUGCCGUUCAGGCCUCUGACGUGUUUUCUUCCUGGAGCGCUGCACAGUUGAUGAUAAAAAUGAGCAGGCUGUGAUUCAAUAUUCCCAGCGGUGACUUCAGGUUCAUUCGCCUCACUGUCACUUCAGAGUUCACGUAUUGUUUGCGACGUUUCACCUGAGCCGAGGAUGAUGGCUGUUUCAGAGCUCAGGCCAUGAAAAGCAAUUCACAGAUUUCUUUUUUAGGGUCUGGAGCGAAGCUUUAAACAAAUAUUUAAUGUGGCGGUGAUGUGAGAUCUCUGUUCAACUAUUUCUAGGUGGACUUUUUUUUCAUCGGGUGAAAAUUGAAAUAGUUAGGCCCCUGGUGGACGUUUAAACCGCAAGUCUUAAAAAUAACAGCGGAGAGCAAGCACUGAGUGUUUUCUUUGGAAAACAAAUGCCAUCUCUACCCGUUGUUUCAUCACACUGACCACACUGUCAGGGGAAGUGUGUGUGAGCUCAGUGACAAAUAUUCACACACACACAUAAACUGAUGUUUAUAUCCGGGCUGUUUUUACUCUGAUUAGCGGUCAGAUAUUAUUUGCUAAUCCCGCUUCUCUGUCUGUCCCGUCGGAGUCUACUUGGUAUUAUGAGGUUGUUCCAGUUUGCACAACUCUUAAUGUUAGGGCGCAGGAUGUCUGAGCACGUAUGAGGUGCUGGUGUUUCAUUUGGAACUCAGAGAAGAGCUGGGCGAUAAACCGAAAAUUUACCAAUACUGAAAUUUAAGAAAAUGACCGAUGUCAUUUUGCCCAUGUCGGUAUAUUUGGUGUCGAAAAAAAAUAAAAAAAAUAAAAAGUUGGUUUUGGAUGUGUGUAGGUAGGCUAUGGUCUCAUGUUCUUUAAGACUCUGUCCUACAUCAGAGAUGUGACUCCAUCCCAUCCAGUCCGUAACAAAGAGGGAAAGACAGGUGAGGAGAUGGAGGACAGUUCAAAAGUUGUUGCAGCUGGAGCGGCGGCUGAAGUAGACGAAGUUAAUGUGGGAGGGGGUUAGCAGCUCGUGGAGUAGUUAUUGUCCAUUUAUCGUUACUGAGGUGAACUGCUAAAUACAUUGUGAUAUUGAUUUGAGGCCAUAUCGCCCAGCCCUAAGUUGAGGUUAGAGAAGCAUUUUAACAUCCUGGUGUUUCAUUUGUGGAAGCGCAGAGACGAAUCAACCAAGUUUUUGGUCAGCAGAGAAACAGACUCAUUACCUCAAUAUCAAAACAGAUGGGUUAUCAAAAGAGACUCCCAAAAAAAAAAAGAGCUAUUUUGUCCAAAACAAGUUUAAUGGACAUCUAAAAUUCUGCGAGAAUUAACCAAUUCAAUAAUAGAUAUUUGAACCAGUAUGCAUUGACAGAGGCAAUGGAAAAACUUGAACAGAACUUACUUUAAUUGGCGUCACAUGGUCCUGUGAUAUCUGGCCACUCAGAUCAUGCUGUGGGUGGGACAAAGUGACGAGACUGAAAACUUCUAUUUUGUAUUCUUAAAGCUGGAAACUGGUGCAAGGGAGAAGAUGUUGGUCAAGUCUCUGAUUUAACAGCUUUAUUUUAUUUAUGAACAAUUUAUUAUUAUUUUUUUUUGUGAUCAACUUUUUAUUUAAAGUAACUGUGGAAAGUAUAAAGGUACAAGUCAUUGUUACAGCAAUGAAUAAUAAAAUAUAUAUUCAAUGUACCCUAACCUAUAAUUGUAUAUGGAUACAUAAAAAAACAAAAAAUAUAAUAAAAAUCAAAUUAUAAAUAGAAAAAAUAUGUAUAAAUAAAUAAAUGAAUAAAAAUAGACAAAUAUGGAAAUUUAUUUGACAGAAGUCAGCAAAAUUACUUUUUUUUUCAGGUGACACUACAUUUGCAAGUAGAGGACAAGUUAUGACUGCUUUUUCCACAGGGGGCACCAAAAUGAACACAAACAGGAAGUUCUGCAAACGAACUUUAACAAGCCAAACUUUCUCUUUUGUGUUUUCAUAAUUCUCGUGGAAAAAACUGUGCCGUCGGAUGUUCCCCAAACUAUCAAUGAUCAAUAUUUUUGCAGGUUCAUGAACCCAAUUUGGUCUUGAAUUCAUAGGGUUAUUCCUUGGCCAUCACUUCAAACUUCUACCAAGUUUAAGCAAAAUUGCAUCAGUGGUUUUUCUGUGUUUCUGCAGAUAAAAAUGCAGACACACUCUCUGGUGGACAUGGUUAACUAUUGUUCUUUUCUCCACAGAUCAGCAGGUCAACAGCACUUAAAAAAAGUAAUUCAUUAGCACAGUUAAAAUAAUUUGACCUCCUUCAAACACGUGUUGGCACACGAGCGUCUCAUUUGGCGCUGUGUCACAUUUCAACACACACUUGUAAUAAUAUUAUUCUGUCUCCUCUGACUCGAUCUGCAUGUUUGAUGUGCGACUUUAAAGCUGCCAUAUUGCCAAAACACUUGAGCGGUAAUGAAAGUGGCUCAGCCUCCCAAACGGUCCACUCCAAACGUGGAACACUUUCAGCAUGAGAAAUACAGCUUUGACCUAAGAGCUUUUAUUUGUCCCAUGGGAGAGUGUUUGGAGGUUUCUAAGGACCUUUUCACACCGAUAAAGUGUUUCUUUCCACUUUUUUUACCUCCUCUUACUGGAGCAACAUCCACUCAUGAAAACAAAGCAAUCCCUCCAAAUGCAAAGCUCCCCCGUCCUUGAUUAGAAACUCUGAGAAGAGAGUCGGACGAUAAAGAGUGAUGUCUUAUACAGACUUUAUCCUGUAGUUGGUUAUCAUUUGAGUGCUUUACUGGUGAUUACAACAAGCCAACCUCUACCUGACAACAUCAUGUACAAUUCCUCUGACUCUCUGCAAACAGAGUUUCAGAUUCAUGAAUGAUUUCUUUCCAGUUGCUUCCAUUCAUUUCUUUGUGGCAUGAAAAUCAAAUGGCAGAUUUUCUAAAAGUUGUAAAAUCCAUCAGACUUAUUUUCCUUUUGUUCACAUUACAUAGUCAAGGUUUAGAAAUGUAGGUUAGCAGAAGAUACAAAAGGUAAUAUUGCGUCAUUCACAGCACAAACGUGCUCCAUAUCAGUGUUUGCCUUUUCUGUUAUCUUGAUUUCAUAACGCAAAAGAGAUUAGGAUGUGUUCAAUAAAAAGCGGUUGAGGGUAAAGAUUUCCAGCCACUUACUGGCAGUAGGGGGAUAACUAAAGAGCUUUUAAACUAAAGUGCAUUUUAGAUCAGAAUGGCCAAAAAGGCAAACUGGUUCUGCUGUGGUCUUUUAAACGGCAAACGUUCAGGACCUUUCUUAUUCUGUCUUUCUGUUUUGUUGCAGCCCUGUCCUGCAGGAGCCCGUGAUUUCAGAGAGAAGCAGUGUGCAGACUUUGACAGCAUGCCUUUUCGAGGAAAAUACUACAACUGGAAGCCUUACACUGGAGGUGAGUGGUAAUCUAAAGUAUGUGUAAAUCAUUUUAAGGGUGGAAUGUAUCAGUGUUUGUGUUAUUCUGUCCUAAAUAAUCUAUUAAACCGGUGAGCUACUCACUCACAAGUUUCAAGAUUAGUUUAUUUGUCAUGUGCAUGUAAGACAAGGUCAACAGUGCAAUGAAAUGCCCUGGAUAAGAGGACCACUCGACUCAAAGGGUGCAGCUGUUCUGCAGUGCAGCCUGGUGACCUUACAUUAUCAGCAAGCCUUUUGUUAUUUAAGCUAUGUUUUCUACACCUUCUGUAUUUUAAUUGAUUCUUUAUAAUAUCUCUUGUUUCCUUUUUCAAAAGAUGUCUUUAACUUUAAAAAGUUAACAAGUUUUUUAACUUAGCUAGUUGGAGUGGGAGAAAAAAAUGGAUACAGCAUAGUAUUGUGAUAAUUUGUGUGGUGAUAUAUCGUAUCGUCUUAAUUUUUUCAAAUCAAUUGCCAAUGUUCAGUCAAAUCUAUGAUAAUGGAAAAAUAAAAUCAACUGUUUGUCCAGUGAGGUUGGCAGAGGUGACAUCAGAGAGCAGGAGAAUGUUAGUGCAACAAUUAUAUAUAUAUAUAUAUAUAUAUAUAUAUAUAUAUAUAUAUAUAUAUAUAUAUAUACAAGGUUAGCAAGAUGUGCUACAUGAAAAUAAAAUACUGACAAACAUAAAGGAAAGACAAAUGCUAAAUUAGCUAAAUAGUAGAAAAAAUGUUAAAAAUCACAAUAAUAUCAUAUCGCAGCCCAAGUAUUGUGAUAAUAUCGUAUCACGGGGCCACUGGGGAUUCCCAUUCCUAUUAUCUAGCUCAGUAAGCUACGUUACUGUGUAAACAAAGAGCUAAAAUAUCAGCACUACUGCCUGCAGAAUAUUUAUUUAAACUAUUUAUUAAAUCUGUGUAUUUUUGAAAAUAUUCAGAUUUUAAACAUAUUUUUGUCUUUUAGUUGUUGUAUUUUAUUUGACCUUUUAUGGUCUUAUCUUUUAAUGUCCAAAAUAACUUUCAAAGAGUAGGAGCAGGAAAGCUAACAUGAAUCCUCUCUGUUCGCUCGCUCGUUUUACACAUGGAGGCCGCUCUGGUUCAACAUUUAGUAAAAGGAGAAUUUUUUAAUCUAUUUGUGUUGAAGUUUUAAAAUGAGAUUUGUAUAUUGCUGCUGUAGCCAGUUCAAAGAUCUGAUGAGCAUCAGCGUUGAGCUGUAAAAAUCCUCUGUCGUCCUUCUUUGCGUCACAAACUCUUCAAUGACAGCCUGCAGGCUGCCUGUUUAGUGAGCUGAGUUCACACUAACAGAGGGAAGGUCUCAGUGACGGCCAGAGGAUUCUUCAGAUUCCUGUACUCUGUGUUGCAUUCAAACACCCUCACCGGUUCUCCGGAUCUUCUUCUUGUCCUACCUGGAGUAUUUUACAUUUUUGACAGACCUCCAGACACAAGAAUGUCCACGAUGAAGGUCUGAUUGUGGCUACCCUCUGGAUUCCACACUUCCCUCACUGAGCCAGAAUUAGUGGAAGUGCUGUGGCGCUGCAUCAUGGCUAUUGGCAGGAAUUUGGGAGCUCUUGCCCGGUGUCAUUCCCCCCUUCAGUUUUUCCUUGAUGUCUGCAGAUCACGGAAAAUAUCCACUUAGAAAAGGCGAAUGAAUUUUGAAACAUGUAAACACGGGUUUGAUUUUCCUUGAGAGACGGAAAAGCUUAACUUAGAUCUCUUUUAUCUCAGAGGUCUGUUUUGUCAAAUCCAUCACCUCCUUACUUACAAGCUAGAGGCUUGUAAAAACAGCAGAUAACCUGCGUCAGUGUAAUUUUUGUUGACAGCUCGAUUCUUUGUCAGAGCAAUGUCAGAUUUAAGCUUCUAGAUUCCCUCCACGUGACUCAGAAUCAGAUCCCAGCCCUGGUAACGCUGGUGUCUCCUCUUGACCUCUGAGUGUUGUUUAUGUCAGAGUUGCGUGCAGGUCAUGUUGUCUGUUUUCUGUGUGCAGGCUGAUAACAGUGCCUGUGUGUGUGUGUGUAUUCCGUGUAAACCAGGUGGUGUUAAGCCUUGUGCGCUGAACUGCUUGGCAGAGGGCUAUAACUUCUACACAGAGCGCUCUCCUGCAGUCAUAGACGGGACCCGAUGUCAGGCUGACUCUCUGGACAUCUGCAUCAACGGAGAGUGUAAGGUAGGAGAGCAGUUCAGUCACACUCUGAAGCAGAAAGACUUUUUGUUUUGGACUGUUUUUAUUAUUAAUUAUUAACACAUGACAGCAGUCAAAGAGGACAAAAAGCAGAUCGAAUAUGACCUUUGUUUGGAAGAAAAAAAAAACACAAAGAUUACCCACAUUUGAGGCUAGAAAACUUACUGAAUGUCUAGCUGGCAGCACUGACUGUUUCACCUAUAGAAGCUUGGUUAAAUCGUCAUGCAGCCAUCUUUUUUUAAAGAAAAAGUUCCCCCAACUGACCUAAACAAAACGAUUCCAAUCAGAAAACUGACCCUCUUAUUGUUUGGCCUUACAUUUCAGCUCAUUGUAGCUCCAAAUCAAGUGUUUUAGAAAGUCUGACAAAACUCUCAACUUAUUUACAAUCCAUGCCUCUGUGUUUCCUGCCCCAUUGAACUCAUUUUUUACAAUGCAGACACAUUCACAAAACAGAGGAUUUCCCAUGUAUCAUGAUUGUUGAAGCUGAGAAUUCAGAGCCUGGUUGUAACAGUUUAGACCCCUGGUACAUUAAAACCACAGUUAAAGACCAGUUAACAAGUAUACCUGGAUGGUUGGAUGGGUCUGGAUCAGCUCAGUCCAAGUCCUUUUUUCAGAAGUAGGUCUGUGAACAAUAAGACUUGUAACAAAUCAGAGCAAUGCAGCAUGAAGUAAGUUUAACUUUUACCAAAGCUUCCUGUGUUGUCAUUUUAUGGUGCAUUUCCACUCAGCGUUCUGGUUUGUCUCUGGACAGUUUGGUUGGGUUAAGUAUAACCAGAUCUUACUCGCGUUUCCACAGCAAACUGUACUGUACCCUGGCACUCGACGGCUGUGUGACGACCUUGAAGCAGCUCGAUUUUUGACGUGUAUGUCAACAAAUUAGAUUGUUUGGACUGCCAGCCCGACUUGCAUGCAACAUGACUUCGAAAAAUGAUGAACUGGGGGGUGUAUCUGUGUUGUACUUGCUAUGUUUAUGCAGUCCUCUUUGCUUUCAUGCAACGCUUUAAUUCUGAAGUCAAGUCUGGGACAACUCUUUGGUGAAAAAAGUAACUACAGGAACUCUGAAUUCAAGUUUUUGAAUAACUUUCAUCAUCAUUAGUUGCGUUGACUGCAGGUUAAUCUGUGUUGAUUAUCGAGUGAUAUCAGGUUACAGGAAAUAUCAAUUCUUUUACGAUCUUCUACUCCCUUUUCAUCCAUCUCUGUGCAGCCUCACUGCUCAGCUGGUGUCUGUGUGUAAAUGAAGCCCUCCUUUAUAUACUUGUACAGCUUAUAACACCUGAAAGCAUCACCUGAUUAGUGUGAAAAUGCACAUAAAGCAGGUUAAAUGAAAUAUGUUCACCAAUCAGAUUAAACUCAGGUUAGGAGAGAAUUUAGGGCUGGGCGAUAUGGCCUCAAAACAAUAUCACAAUAUGUUGAGCAGUCCACCUCAAUAACGAUAAAUGGACGCUAACUACUCCACAAGCUGCUCACCCCCUCCCACAUUAACUUCGUCUACUUCAGCCGCUGCUCCAGCCACUACAACUUUUGAACCGUCCUCCAUAUCCUCACCUGUCUUACCUUCUUUGUUGCAGACUGGAUGGGGUGGAGUCACGUCUCUGACGCAAGACAGCGUCUCAAAGGGACAUGAGACCAUAGCCUACCAACACACAUCCAAAACCAACUUUAAAUUGUUUAUUUCUGACACAGAACAUACCGAUAUGGGCAAAAUGACGUCGGUUAUUGUGGUAAAUUGUGGUAUCAGUAAAUUUUCAUUUUAUCGCCAAGCCUGAGAAGAAUUAUAAUCCAAAUAUAAUCCUGUCUUCUCCUCAAACAUUGCAGUUUAGGGUCUGUUCUGUAGCUUGGUACGUGGUGAAUAAACGCAGAUUUGCAGGAUUUAAACAACAUGAUGAUGGCAAAUUAAAACCAGUACACUGAUCAUUUUUCAUGUGAGAUGCAAAUGAGAAAAUAGGAUGAAAUGUGGAAACGCACUACAGAGCCUGCAAGCGUUUCCUCAGUCUGAAGUGUCAGAUUCUGCUAAUCUCUAUAGAGAAGGAAACACUUUCUGAGCACAACAAUUAAAGCAUUGAGAGGCUGAUUGUGAUCAGACAACUGGCACCGCUCUCUCUGACUCUUAUCAGCGCUCUGCAGACUCAGACAGGAUUGUUUGGUUGUAAAUAAAACACAAAAAUCUUUGUUUUGAUUGAAUAACAAUUUUAAAUAUGUUUGAUUUAAUGGAAAAGAAAAACUCAUUUAUUGAAAGGAGUUGGCAGCUGGUCCUGUCUUUGUUUUUACAAGUAUAAAUCAUUAUUGUGCAGCAUGUGUGUGUGUGUCUGUGCGUACAUGUGAGAUGACGUUUUUUGCUAAAAUGCAGCUGAAACAACUUUUUGGGUCCCUCGCUUUAAGUAUUUGCUUUGACUUCCACCUGACCGUACUGUUUGGCAUGAUCACAGAGCGUCCGCGCCAACAACAUUACUCUGAUUCUGAUACAAAAACACAACACGGCGUGUGCUUUAAUGGUCGGAGAUUCAGAGAGGUGGAAUAUUUUCUACCAAAGAAGCAUUGCAGGUUUUAUUUCCAGACCGAAUCCAGCAUUUUAUUUCAGAGGUGCUGCCACGCUGCGAUAAAUCUCUGGUACACCGUCUGCUUGGAACAAUUUCAGAAACACUCAGUAUUCCUCUGCUGUCUGCAGACGCUGCAGAGACUGAGAGGAAAAAAUCUGGAAUAAUAGAGAUAGGAGGGAUGGUGAUAGAGAGCUGAAAGAAGUGGGAGAUCCAGAGGAGGAGUGAAAGUGUCAGUGAUAACAGUAAUCCUCCUUGUUAUAUUGUCCAAAAGUAUUAACAACAGCUUCAAUUUUCUUGAGUUUAUGCUCCAUAUCAUGUAAGGCAAAAACUCUUAGUUUAUUUCUUUAUUAAUCAACUACAGGUCAUUUAAUCAAACCAUAACACCGAAUCAUGAGAGCUGUCAAUCAUGGCAUAACAACGGUGAAUGGAGUUGUACUCGCUUUUCAGGUCUUUCUGCUUUAGGUGCUUUAAUAAUUGUCACAUUCAUCCUUUCAUACCACAUACUAGGGCUGGGCGAUAAACUGAAAAUUUACUGUUACUGAAAUUUACGACAAUAACCGACAUUAACCGUCAUUUUGCCCAUAUCGGUAUAUUCUGUGUCAGAAAAAGAAAUAAUGUGUGUAGGUAGGCUAUGGUCUCAUGUCCCUUUAAGACGCUGUCCUAUGUCAGAGACGUGACUCCACCCCAUUCAGUCUGUAACAAAGAGGGAAAGACAGGUGAGGAGAUGGAGGACGGUUCAAAAGUUGUAGCAGCUGAAGUAGACAAAGUUAAUGUGGGAGGGGGUGAGCAGCUUGUGGAGUAGUUAUUGUUCAUUUAUUGUUAUCGAGGUGAACUGAUCAAUAUAUCGUGACAUUUAUUUGAGGCCAUAUUGCCUCAUCAUAAACAACAGCAUAUAUUGGCUCACAAAUUGAUUCAUGGGUACUCUAAAGGUUGAAAAUUUUGUCAUUUUCUGAUAAUGUCAAAAAUUUAGUGUCGGCCAUGAAGUCAAGCUCAACCCACAGCACGUCAGCUGAUUCAUGCUAGUGGGAAAAUGAUUCUGGUAACAGCGGCACAAGUGUGUUUUUUUUCAGCCGUAUGGAUGCUGUUUUUAUUGAUGGCUAUCCAGCUGCUAACAGUUCCUGAUGGUAAAAGUAUAUAUAAGACAAAACUAUAACCAGAUUGUUUGCUAAAAAGAUGAAAACUCUUACUGUGAACCUAAAGUAAUAAAAAUACAUAACUGCCCUUUAAUUAAACACUGCUGCAGUUUGAAGCUCCAAGACAUUGAUAAUCAACUCACAAUGCAGCAAGAACUUCAAACUGAGUUAGUCUGAUUAGUAUGUUACUCUGGGUUUUGAGAAACAGAAUUGAAAUAAAAAACAUUUUAAGUCUCUGUGUCAUAAAAAAAAAAACAUGUCAGUGACGGGUUAGUAAUGUGUUCUUGUUAGUUUUGGCGGGAGAGUGGGGGAGACUUGGCACAGAGAAAUUCUUUGUCUUUCCACAGGAUGAUUCAACGAUAGCAGAAAUAUAAAGUAUUGACUGACUGAUUAUUUCAAGGCACAACCUGUUUUCUUCUGAGGCAGGUCACAAAAAAAGGAAGAUUUUCAAGCAGAGUUGUUUUAGAUACACAAAACGUGAGAUGUUUUACUACACUUCAUUCUUUGUGUGGAGCUAAGAUGAGUUGCAGACCUUACAAAAAACUUUUUAUGCUUGACUUUAACAUUUAAAUGAUGGAGGGACAAUAAAAAUUUGUUAUUCCUCACUGACAUCAAGUUUAUUUAUCAACCAUGAUUCAAAAUAAGACAUUUUUUCAGUCAGGAUCACCUUCAUCAAAGAGAAUAAAUAUCAUUAUUUACAUGCAACAAGAUAAAUUUGGCAGUACGGCUCUGCUUGAAGAGCUUCCUGCCUUUUCACAUACAUGGACUACCACAGCCUGAGGAGAGCACACGCCUCUCUGUUUUGCAUAUGAAAGGCAGGGAGAGGAUCAGCAAAGGCAGUGAAGAGUAAAGCGGGCAUCAUUGACAAAACACGUGACACUGGUGAUACUGGACACAAGUCGAGUAGACAGGCUUAAGUAGGGAUGGGCGAUAUGGGCUAAAAAAUGUAUCACGAUAAGAUUUGCCAUUCUGGAGAUUAGGAUAAAAGUCCUGAUAAAAAAUAUUAUAAUUCCAAUCUUUAUUUUUGACUAAUUUUGUCUUGAUAACACCAGUUUAAUAGUCAAAUAAGAUACUUAACCACAAGUUUGAGUGGUAGGUUAUGGAGAAAACUAAUGACAUCAAACAAGUCUGAAAUGUGAAAACAUUUUCAACAUUUGUUAAAAACUCUUAUUGCACUGAGUGAACAGCAGCAGAUCCACUUUUCGAUGUCAGGCAUAUCUGGACUCAUCUAGACCCCAAUCUGGAAGGAAAUCCCUCAUGUGAAGCCUCACUCAGUAAAGAGCUGCUCAGAAACAUCCUCUUCAUUACCUUCGGCCAUGUUUGUUUGUUUUUUUGCUCUGUGUGGGCAAUGGCUGUGAAUCUGUCCCAGUCCGCUCGCGCUUACGUCAUCAACUGGCAUUUAUCGUAUUUAUCAUGAGAUGGAAAAGAUUUAUCAUGGAGGAUUUUUCUGACGAUUUAUCGUGAAUGAUAAUCAAUCGCUCACCCCUAGGCUUAUGCAUGUUAAAUAGAGCGCCUGUUCUUGGCCAAUUGUGUACAUAAGAGGUUUCAAUCUUCUAACCAAUAUCUUUAAACCCGCAUAAUAUGAGAAAACACGCCAUGUGCAAAAGCAGUGUGAAGUAAGAUAGGUCAACCAUGUUUUCAAAGUGCAUAUUGACUUCGUAUUACUUACAGUUUUGUUGUUCGGCUACAUGUUUGAGCCAACACGUGUCAGCAGCAUGUCUUUCCUGAAUCCAAAAUAAAUCCAGUCAGCGUUUUUCACCUUCACUUUGGCACAGAUCAAUCUGAGCUUGACUCAAUCGAACCAUAGGAAAAGCACAGCUAUAUUAAAAUGGACAUGCUGACUUUUUUAUCUUGUAUUCAGACUGUCGUGAUGUGUUUAUUUUGAAUGCUUUUAGUUAAACCAGUAUGACUUCAUCAGACUUUUUUCUCUCGCUCUGAACUCUGGCUUUUGUCUCCAGUUAGUCUUGUCUUCUUCGGUGCUGAAUCCUGUUUUAAUUUUCCAGUUUUCAGUCAGUGACGCGCACUCUAAAUCUCUGCCUUUGUUUGUUGGCUUCAAGCACGUUGGCUGUGACAACAUCCUGGGCUCCGAUGCAAAAGAAGAUCGAUGCCGUGUGUGUGGAGGGGACGGCAGUACCUGCGAGGCAACAGAGGGACUUUUCAACGAGUCUCUACCCCGAGGAGGUAAAACAUGUCCGACUCUCAGGAAUUUCGUUAUUUAGAUUUCCUGUCACCUUUGGAUCCAGUUGAAAAACAGCAACUUUAUCCUCUUAGUGUGAAGAGGACAAGAGUGGGAUGUCGUGAUUUCCACUUGUGACAAACUUAUUUUUAAGAGCCAGCUGAAGAGAGGAAGAUAGUCUCAAUGAAAUCAUAACUCUUCAGCUUUUAUCUCUCGCCAGCAGAGCGUACGCUCCUGGCUCUGUUGUUAUAAUAUAGAUCAAAACAUAAUUAUUUCCCCAUUAAUUACAUCAUGGAGUGAGGAAACCAGGAGGAGAGACAGCACUUGGUUUUGGCUACAGCCUGAAGUCGUCUAUAGAGAGCAGGAGAGAGAGAGAAAACAUAUUUCUCCUUCUAUGGUAUGGCUAGUAAACCAUCUAAAAAUACUGUGUGUGUGUGUGUGUGUGUGUGUGUGUGUGUGUGUGUGUGUGUGUGUGUGUGUGUGUGUGUAAAAGAGAAAAGGGAGGGGGUUGUUUUGUCCUCCUGCUUUGUCCUUUUUGGGUGUUUGGGAAUUUAUUCUAUAGGUACUCCUACCUGACAUGAUCUGUGACUGUGUGUCGUCUCCCUGUUGUUAAAAUAUUUUGUAGAAAUGAGAUCUGGGACAGAGGAGUACCACCAUCUUCACAAUCCCUGGUUUUUGUCUUGCAGGCUACAUGGAGGUGGUUCAGAUCCCAAAAGGAUCAGUCCACAUCGAAAUCAAAGAAGUUGCCAUUUCGAAGAAUUAUAUCGGUGAGUGACACUUCGCCAUGACCUCUUUAUAUCACUGCUGUAACAUGCUGAGUCUGAUAAUCCAGUCCUAUGGUUCUGACUGGACCAGCUGAAUCAGUAAGGCUUUAUUUGCACACAAUCAUGGUCCCAAGAGGAUAGAUCUUGCCAACUUAAAGGAUCAUUCGAUUUUUCUUGCAGCCUUCUAUGACAUCAACAUUUUUUAUUAUUUUAAAUUAAAUACCCAGUAAAAUAUCUCACCAUUAAUGAAUUUCACUCAAACCAGAUACUGAUGGUGAUGUUUUUUAUUCUAAAUCGAAAGUGUUGACAAUUCUGGGAUGGAUUUCCAUGAGACAUUUGUGAUUUCUUCGGGAUAAAAUUCUGUCAAGUCAGCAUUUUUUUUUUUUUUGUUUUUUGUCGCACAGCCCAACUUAAUAAAUUAAAAGAUUUAGGAUUAGAACAGAAAAAAUAUUGAUCCUUAUGGGCAUAAACUUGCAAAACAGAUUAGACUUUGUGGUAAGUGGUCAUAAAAUUUCAGCUAAAUAAAAGCAAACAUGUGAAAAACUAUGAAUGAAAUCAAGAGUUCAGUCCCAGAGGAGCAUCGAUGCGGCUUUUCUUCUUCAAACAUCAAUCCAUCAAUCUCCGCAGACCUUCGAAACCCUACAGUUUGAUUAAUUCACGAACCUGCUUCACAUUAUCGGUUUAGCUCUGUGUCGACCACAUUUCCAGGGAUUUUCUCGCGUCUUAGUCAACAGCCAAUUAGAGGAUACCAUCGCCUAAUCCCCCUGUUGCCUAAUGCGAAGCCAUAAAAGCGAGUCUGUAAAAUAAAACCUCUCUGAAUCUUUACACAUGUGAUGGCCGUCUUGGCACCAGGCUCAUCCGCUCUGAUCCAGACUAAACAAAAACCUUUUGCAACACUGGGCAGCAUCAGACCCAAAACAAUCAAACAACCGGAUUCAAUUAAGGCGGCUCUGUGUCUUUUCAUUAACAAGAGCGAGACGUGUGACAGCGCGUUGAAUUUAUUGCGGAUGGUGUUGAUGGAGGGCUUAAGUAACACUUUGAAGCAGAGAGCUGCAUCAGAUUUAUAGGGCCGUGGUGACAGCUGCCUGCUCCACCAGGAUUAUGAGGAUAUAAUGUCGAUAUAUCUCCGUUAAAAGAGUGAGAUUUGGCCUUUUUCUCCGGGACAAGGUCUUCCCUGCAGUUUCUUACUGUUAUGAAUUACAUCUUCUGAUCAGGCCUUUUUCAUUUACAGCUGUGUCUGGGUCCUGGCUAUUUAGGUCAGCAGAGUUUGCAUUUUUAUGUUUUAUGAAAGCAUAAACCGAGCGAGACAAUAUAAAAACGCAGACUGCUUGUAAAGGCCUCCAAAAUAAAAGAAUCACAAUACUUUUAAUAAGAGACAGAUGUGCUGAUUUUAUUAUGAAGAGGGAUCGUGAUACGUUAAAGAGGAGUAAACUAUUGUUCAUCUAAUCUGCGUAAAAACAGCAGAGGGGAAUCUGCAGCACGAGCCAGAGAGACAGAACAGCCAGCGGUUGGAUCGUUUCUCCUCAAUUUGGCCUCAUUUCAACACAGAGAGAGAGUGGAUAUUUUCAGAUCUGUUGUGCUUGGAGACCAACUUUUGUUUUGACAACCAGACAGAGCGGUAUUCAGGAGAGUCGUCCAGGCUUUCACCUGAAGAGUGUUUUCCUUCUCUUCCUAAAUUAGACGUAUGUACAUGUCUGCACACAUGGAUGCCUUCAUGUAUAGGCACGUGUCUGUGUUUCUGCGCGUGUUUCUGCUCCAGUCUGUCGAGGGAUACAAAACCGUCCGUGACGUCCAGGAGGAGGAUGAUGAUUGUCUCCACCUGUCGUCUCUGCUACUGUUCCUGUCUCCUCAGAUUUCACUUUUCUGAAUGUGUUUCAUCUUUCCUCUUGUUACCCAGCUCUGAAAUCUGAGGGCGAUGAUUACUACAUCAAUGGAGCGUGGACCAUCGACUGGCCCAGGAAGUUCGACAUCGCGGGGACGGCCUUCCACUACAAGAGACCUUCGGACGAGCCGGAGUCUUUAGAGGCGCUCGGAGCCACCACUGAAAACCUGGUUGUCAUGGUACAAAAUCCACAUCUCAUGUUCCAUAAUGCACUCUUUUUCAGGAUGAUUACAAACCACAGAGUCGGAGGAUUAUAGGAGAAGCAUGCAUUAUUGAUAUUUACGUCCAUAUUUUUUACAGUUUUCCCUCUGAGAGACCCUCAAAAGCGAGUGUCCCUUACGUGCCAGUGCCCCUUAUAUUGGGCAAUUUAUGGUAUUUGCUUUCUGUGAUUAACAAGGCAGCACAGUGAGGUAUUAUAAAACUGUUUCCUUGCCUCCUACCUGAUUGCUUGCUCCCUAACCAAGUCUGACCCAACCCUCUACAAUAACCUUUAUAUCAGUGUCAAGUAAAUAUUGAUUGAUUGAUUGAUUGAGUGAAGUUUAUUUUGAACAUAUAAAAGACAAAAAAUAACAAAAGAGUAAAGAAUACAACAACAAAUAAUAAAAAGUUAUCUAUGUUCAAAAAGGAGUCGGAAGAAGUCGAAACUUAUCAGUCCCAUCCCUUCUCCUUCACUAAUGAUUUACAAAAUACCAUAAUAUUAUAUAACAACAUUAAUCAUCAUAAUGAUAAUAGCAAUAAAAAUAAUCACCAUAACAAAUAAUACAAAAUGACAACAAAAUAAUUAACAUGAGAUAGACGUGUCAAGAUUUUCUUUCCUUUCAAGUUGAUUUUUUUCUUUUUUUAGGGGAAAAAAGUUUUUUAUGCUCACAAAAAAUCACCCAACUUUAUUGUUUCAAUUCUAUUUUCACCCACUGAAGAAAUCUAAUCUCAGUAUUUACCGUCUUUUCACUCUGUUUUUGGUCUCCACCAGCUCUCUUUAGCGGCCUAACUCUCUUUAAUUUUACCUUCAAGUCUCCGAAUUCUCCUGUUUGCUGUAAGUUUCUGAGCAGGUAUGGUUUCAAGCUUUAAGAACUGAAAAUAGCUGCUUACAACAGCCAAAAAUAACACUGCUAGAGCGUCAGAACAUCAACUUCGUGACCAUGAAACCAACAGGAUGAGCUGAAAGACGCUGAAAAAGCCUCUCACGCAUCGCUAUUUGAUCCUUUGUUAACACCAGAAAUGAACACUGUGUUCUUGUUUUCUAAACACUCGGGGGUCAGAUGUGGUGAUUGGACGAGCUGGUGGGAUUUGGCAGCUUCGUAUAGUUUACACAGAACACCUUCUCUUUUUGCAUUCUUCCUAUGAGAUGGAAAUAAGUCUUGGUUCAGGACGCCAAUCAAAGGUUUUCCAGCUUUCUCUCUAAAAACAGCAACAAGCUGCGUCCUAAAAUAACACAAAAAACCAGACUGGCCGAGUUGGAAACAAAGAGUUAAACAACUAAAACUCACUGUAAAGUUACGCACAGUAUAGACAGAUGAAGCUGUAGGUUCUUGGUGAUUACUAUCACUCAUUUUAAAAAACAGAGAGGAACCCUUUAAAGACGUAUUUAUGAUUUGAUUGGUUUUAUUGUUCUGUUGUGUAUUUGUCAUUUUUGAUAUAAUAGUGUAUUUGUGUUGUGGGCGUGCUGCUGAUCCACUCUUCAACAUCUGUUUUUUGACCCUGAGUGACCCCUCAGCCAGUGGUUUGAGGUUCAAAGCUAUGUAAUGUGGAUAUUGAGGAUGCGUUUUGGCUGAUUUGGCGAGCGUCUGUGUCAAACGUUCAUGUUUGACUCUGCAUGUUUGUGUGUCUCUGUGUUCAUGUGAGGCAACUGAGCAUUUUCUUGUCGUAAUCCUCUGUGGUUUUCAGCCUCAACAUGCAUGCUGAAAAUACUAGACCACACAGCACCACUGGAAUAGACGAGUGGCUGGCCGCUCCACCAAUGACUGUUUCCUUGUGGUUCGCAAAACCGGACUCCCUCUGCCUCCCUCUGCAUCCAGCAGUCUCAUUGACCUGGACUUUAACCUCAUUUAAAGCAGCUUCAUCAGGGUUUUUAUAGCAAUUAAAGGUCAAAUGAGAGAAAGAUAACCUGCAGAGACAAACUGAAGCAGAAAGAUAAACUGAUUCUGUGUUUCCAUCUGCAUUCAGAGGUUUUCAGCCUCUUUAAUCUUGUUAUUUUGAGAUCUAAGGAGUCGGUGGAGACCAAAGUAGAGCAAAAAGUAGGCAAAGAUAGCACUUCAUCAUAGCAACAUAACCCGAGGGACAGAGUUUUAUGUCCAGGGCUUUAAAGGCUUAAAUGCCUGACCGUGUAUUUUAAAGUUUUAAAAAGAAAGAAGAGAUGCUCAGUCAGUUUCGGCCUCUCUGUCCUCAUCCCUCUGUUUUUUGCCUCCUCUGCAGGUCCUCCUGCAGGAGCAGAACCUGGGGAUCCGCUACAAGUUCAAUGUGCCCAUCCAGCGAACGGGAAGUGGAGACAAUGAGGUGGGCUUCUCCUGGCACCACCUGCCCUGGUCUGAAUGCUCGGCUACCUGCGCUGGAGGUGAGUCAGCUUGUCCCUUUAACUCAGCUGUAGACUUUCAGGAAAUAUACAUCAAACUACCAUCAACAGGGAGUGUAAAAAAAAAAAAAAAACGCUUCACAUUUCCUCUUUUGUUCUCGUUUGUUUUUUAUUCAAGAGAAGAAUCCUCUCUCUGUUGAGCUCCUGCGGCCGCGCUUGGUCCCUCCGAGCAUUUUGGUGUUGAAUACCAUAACACGCUGCGGGUGUUUAAAUUCCUCCUGAAUAUUUCUAACCUUCUCAAAUAUUUAAUGCCUCAUAUAAUGUGUGUGUGGUGUCAUUCUGUAAAUCUUCCCCAACCAGUAAUUACACAACUGCACUGGAGCUGUGUGGAAACCCAGUACCAUAAUUUGCGAUUGGUUUCCAGAAUCACUGCUUUGUAGCCCCCUAAUAAAUUCAAUAUGUAUAUUUUCCAUAUUUUAACCAGAGUAAUGAAUAUGCUGUAAUUUCUGUGAAUGAGCCGCUCUGCAUAGCUUCUGGUUUACCAUCGCUGCACACAUUUAUACAGCCGCUCUCCUCGUCCGACAGAGUCAAACCUUUAAAAUCUGAAACCACAGUGAAAUGUUGACCAUGGCCUCAAGAAUGACUAAACCAAACCUUUUAGCCCAAAAGCAAUGGGUUUCAUGUAACAAUAAAUAGUAUCUCUUCCCAGUUGUCAAGUGUGGCCUGGACGGGUUUGUAAUAUUUAGUAAAAGCAUGACUGAAUAAGCAUGUGGGUUUUUUUCUAAAGGAGGAUUUUUGAGUCCAGAGCUGGUCCUCAGUCAGGGAGGCACACAUGGCCUUCCUGCUUUGUGAACAGGCUUUUUCAGUAUUGAUCCAAAUGAUCUGAUUAGUGUGUGCUGUCUUUUUCUGUCCUGUAAACAGAAACAGUGGGGGGUGGGGGGCCCCAUCAGGCAAAGAGAAAUGUGUAUAAUGUGUUUUUAAUGAAAUUUUUCUCAUGUAUGUGCUGCGCUCAUUUUCUCUGCAAAAUCAACUUUUCAUGUUUGCCCAUCAAGGGGAUCAUUCGAGCUUUUCACUCAUAGCAAAAGUGUUCAUAUCAGCGACUCACAGAGCAUUUUUUGGUCCAAUAGAUGUCUAAUGGUCCUUAGACGUCUGGGCUAAUCUCGGUCUACCACUGGUCUAAAAAUGAACAUUUUUUAACUGUCUAAUAGACUGUCAAUAUAUAAUCAAUAUCAUUGAUUACUGUACAUUGAUCAGUCACUGUGAAAAUGUUUUUAAAAUGUUCUUUAUUUAAUAUUUAAUAAUUAAUGGAUUAAAUUCUAUUGUCUAGAUUCAUGCUAAAAUAUAGACCAAUUAUAGACGGUUAAAUUUCUGUCUAAACCAAGACGAGAUGUUUAAGGCUCAGUGGGGAGAUUGUUAAGAAGUCAGAGUUUUCCGUCUAUUGAUAAGAAUAGAGAGAACAAUAUUCACUAAACUAAAAGAUGGCAGACUUCUACUAGGGACCAACCGAUAUGGAGUUUCUGGGGCUGAUGACUAUACUGAUUAUUAGGGGGGGGGGGGGAAUCCGAUUACCGAUUAAUUGGACGAUUUUUAAAAUUUUUUAAGAAAUAAUAUUUUAAGAAGUUCUAAAAAUUUUUAAGAAGUUAUAAAAAAUAUAUAGUAUACUGUAGAUAUCUACAGUAUACUAUAUACUGUACUGUACUAUACUGUACUGUAUAUACUGUAUCUACAGUAUACUAUAUACUGUACAUAUACUGUAGGCUAUUGCUCUUCACGCCGACAGGAAGACCGACUGAUCAAACUCGUGAAACCGAGUCUUAUUCUCCGCAUUUUAUUUCUGAAAAUAUCGGUGAAAAUUGUCCGGUUUUGGCUGAUUACCGAUUAGUCUCAAACGGUCUAAAAUUGGCCGAUUUAAUUGGGUCGCCGAUAAAUCGGUCGGGCCCUAAUACGGAUCAAUGUCACUGUUUAGCCUGGUAAUUGUUCGCCUGUUUACGCUGGUUAAAUACAGCCUCUCUGUCAUCCUGCUUACACCGUCCCUUGGCUUUUCAGACGCAGAUACAUGUAUGCACACACCUGCUCUCCUCUUGCUCCUCUCCCCUCCUGUAGCUGCAUGACAAUUAGUAAACCUCCUGAACUUUGUUGCACGCUGAUCUGAGCUUGUUGGAGGAAGUGCCUCUCUUACUAUAGAGGACAGAAUGAGCGGGACACAACAGGCGUACAAUACCGCUCUAUUUUUAUGCUCAUGAGGAGCUGUAAUCAGACGUGAAAUGAAGCUGCCCUUAAGCUCCUCAGAUGUUGAACAUAAAACGUAUACACCAAGACAGAUAUAUCCGUUAGGGUCAUUAAUGUGCAAAUGUAGGUCGGGCUCCACUUUAAAUCACCUCACAGUUGUGUAAUCGUGCAGCCAUUAGUUAUAUUUGGCUCAGUUAAUCAUGAGGUGUUGUUGAAUAAAUCACUGCGGUAAUAAAACCCACGAUAAACACGUUUUAACAGCCACACAACUGAAAGGCUUUUACCCCAUGCGUCGCACCGCUCCUCCAAACUGUAACUCACUCUGAACACAGAUGGGUAAACUUUUUAUGCUACACACACAUACACACACACACACGCACACACACACACACAUAAACGUUCAUAUCUCAUUACAUCUGCCAGACAGGUCUGCUGCAGGAUCUGUCCCCCGAGACCCCAUACAGACCCUUUCUGAGUCGGUAUGGCGUACGCAAACACACACACACACAUGCACGCACGCACGCAUGCACGCACGCACGCACGCACACACAGACACACACACACACACAGUGGGAGGUGUGACACUGAUACGGUAGCGCUCGCUCUCUCCAUCAGAGGCCAAAGUAAAGAGCUCUCUGCUCUGUAAAAGUGAUUUGCCAAGAUAUCCUGCUAAGAAUCAGGAAUUUACAUGUCUGGAUUUACUACGGGCUGAAAGUGAUACCAUCCCAGCCGGUCGGUCUCCAUGUUUUCUGGAGAGAGUUUUUUAAUGUGUGAAAUCAGCUGGUGCUUCAUUAUUGAUCCGUUUCUUCCCCUGCAGGUGCUCAAAAGCAGGAGGUGGUGUGUAAAAGGCUGGAUGACAACUCGGUGGUCCAAAACAGUUACUGUGACCCAGACAGCAAACCUCCAGAGAACCAGAGAGACUGCAACACUGAGCCCUGUCCUCCUGAGUACGUACCUCUGAGUCCUGACGUCAUUAUCAUAUUCAGAUUUUAAGUGAACACUUAACUGACGACAUUAGAAAAGAGCUCUACGGCUGGUUUGGUUGAUUCUUUCUAACAGGAAUUCCACAACUACUUAAUUUAAUACAAUCUGGUCUAGAAUCUUGAAUCUUACAAAGCGAGAAAAGGCAAUAUAAUCUUCACAAUACAAAAACUGCGAGCAGAGAACGUUGGCCAUUUUCUCUCAUAUUGAGUAAAAAUAUUACAACAUAGGAACAGUCAAAAAAACAAUACAGAGGAGAGAUUGUUUCACCUUUAAAGGUAAAUUCUCAACUGAGUGUCAUUUAUUUACUCUGAUUUUAUUUAUUCACUUGGCAGAGUAAAAAGAUAACUUUAAGUUGUAUAAAUGUCUCUAACCAUGAAAUGAGUUAAAAUCAUAAUUUGGCUCUCAGCUUGUUAGAUUGUUGGUCUCCACAAAAAUCCUGAGACAAUUAUGACAUGAUACAAUUAAAGAUGAUACAACACAAUAUGAUACAGCGCAAUGCCGAACCAUACAAUAUAUGAUACAGAAGGAUACGAUAAAGCAAGAUGUGAUGCAAUAUGAUAUAAGUUACAGUGUGAUACAAUGUGAUAUGGUACAAUACAUGACAAAUACACAUAAUGUAUGAUGACAUAAGAUACAAUAUGAUACUGUAUGAAACAUUAUGAUUCAAUAUUGAUUAUACACUACAAUAUAAAGAUACCAUAUGUUACAGUACAAUGCAACAGAAUGCUAAUACUACACAGAACGGUCAGACAUACAAAAUACAAAAUGAUACAAUGUUACACUGUAAUAUAAUAUAACACUGUAUGAUAUGGUACAGUUCAGUCUAAUAGAAAGCAAUAUUAUAUGAUACAAUGAAACAUGAUACAGAAGGUUACAACACAAUACCAUGUGAUACAAUUCACAAUGAUUUGUUAUGAUACACAACGAGAAGAGACACAAUGCGAUAUGUUAUGAUAUGAUAUGGUGGGAUACUAUUUGCUGAGAUCCGAUGCGAUAAGAAACGAUACAUUGUAAUAUGAUAAGAAAUGAUGCAAUACGAUAAGAUACGAUAUGAAAAGAAAUGAUUCAGUAAUACACAAUAAGAAACAAUACGAUAGAUAUGAUAUGAUGAGAUCGAUACCAUAAGAAACGAUACAAUGCGAUACAAUGUGAUACGUGAAAGGAUACAAUGAGAAACAAUACUAUAUAAAAAGAAACGAUACGAUAAGAUAUGAAACAAUAAGAUACAAUACGAUAAGAAACAAUACAAUAAGAUAUGAUACGAUAAGAAACGAUAAGAUAUAAUAUAAGCUAUGAUACCAUAAAAAACGAUACAAUGCGAUAUGUUAAGAAAGGAUACGAUAAGAUAUGACACCAUGAGCAACAAUACGAUAAAUUAAGAAACAAUACGAUAAGAUAUGAAACAAUAAGAUCCGACAUGAUAAGAAACAAUAUGAUAAGAUAUGAUACGGUAAGAUACGAUAAGAUAUGAUUUGAUAAGAAAUGAUUUAGUAAGAUAUGAUAAGAAACGAUACAAUUGAUUUGAUAUGAUAAAUAAUGAUACAAUAAGAUACGUUAAGAAACAAUACGAUAAGAUACAAUACAAUACGAUAAGAUAAGAGAGAUAUGAUAUGAUAUGAUAUGAUAUGAUAUGAUAUGAUAUGAUAAGAAACGAUACGAUACGAUAGGUUAAGAAACAUUAAGAUACAAUCAUGAAGAAGGACACAGUACACCUUCUUGGGAUUUACCAUUCAUCAUCUUGUUUCCAUCCUUAUAUCCUGUGCUGUCGUUGUAUGCUGUUUUGUUUUUGAGGGAGUUCUAAAAAGAGGUUUAGAUGCUCAGUCAGUCCAGGGUUAAUAUUCAGGGUGAUUUUCCUCAGGUACUUUGUAACUAUGAGCUCUACCCUCAUGUUAGUCACACAUUUUUACCAUGCUGACGUGAAGACAUUGAGUAUAGCAGCUUUGAGUGUUAAUAAAAAACAACCCUUUGUAGAGAAGAUUGACUCAUGAUAUUAAUUCACCUUCAAUGAGCCCUACUUUGUGGGAUGUGUUUGGAGAAACAUUAUAAAAUAAAACAGCAAUGAUUUAUAACUUCAUGUGUUAACCAUUUUCAGAGUUUGCCUCGUGCCAAAAAUUAAAGCCUUGAAAAUGACCACCUGUGUUUGAUUGUUUUGGCUUCUUUUGGCCGCCCCUCGGGGGUAACACACAGGUGGAAUAUGAACUUGUUUUUGGUGGCCAAAUGUCUGAAGGCUAGACUCACUUCAAACACGUCUGGAAAAAGAGGGAUUAAAUGCACAGGGUUAAUUAGUUUCAGACUAUCUGACAAUUAUUUGUGUUUGGGAGUGAGUGUUGGUGUCCGUUUCAGACAAGAAAAAGGCCAAAAUCUACUGUAUAAGUGCUCAUUUGUUUUCAUACAUUUAGACUACAGUCAGGGGUUAUUUAUUUCCACAUAAGUACUCAGCGGACGCAGACUUGUGGUAUCUCAUUUGUUUUGAUUAGUAGUUGAAAGCUAUUGCAAAGCAUGUGUGUAUAUUAGGUUACACUGCACACAAUAUUAGUGUCUGUUAAAAAUGCACGUCUCCCCCCCUGCAGCCUGAGGAAAGGCCGGCUAAAAGGAGACCAUGUAAACAUGAUUGUUUUAGAAUCGCCAGGAUUUUAUGGGCUGGAGUAAUGAAAGCUAACACAGAUGUUUGAACACGUCGUUAAUUCUGUAUACAUUCCUUUAGAUGAUGUAAUAUCUCACAGGCUGGAUGUGUUUGGAGGGCUGAUGUCUGGGCAGUUUUAUGAUAUUAAUUCUACGAAGUCUGCAGACAAAGGGUUGGAAAAGGUCAGCGGUUAAAAGGUCAGAAAUCUGGGGCAUUGGAGGCCCAGAAGUCUAAGCACCCCCAUGUUUAGAUUUGUGGUCCUAAUUGCAGCGGUUACUGACCACCAUCUUUUGCUGCAUGUCUUCCCCGACUCUCUACUCCCUGCACUUCCUGUUCCUCUUCAUCUGUCCGUAUUCAGACCACUAAACGACUCAGUGGCGACCUUUCUGUUAGGUCAUAUGGUAUUCGACUAAUAGUUAAUAUAUUCAAAUAAUCUCUGCUUAAAGGAAUGUUCUGGCGUAAAAUUAAUUUAGGGUCAAACACACUGUCACACCGAGUUAGACACCCCCUCCAGAGAUGAAUGUUGCAGAUUGCUUGCUACUCCAGUUAUACCAACUUUAGUAAUGACCGCACGAUAGCAAUACACAGCAGUCUGAGGAACACAACCCUGUUCCAGCAGCUGCUUGUUUGUACAGGUGAGUCCAGACUGAGUUACAGACUACAGCGGGGUGACACAGCUCAAGGAAGAACAUUUAUGAUCAUUACUUUAUCAUUUUCUUGAAGUAAUAAUCACCAUAUUAAUCAUUUUACACUGCAGACGCAGUAGUUCUUCUGCUUUAGUGUCUCGGUCUGAUUGCAUUUCAAUGAAAAAAUAAACAUAAAUGUUUUUCCCUGAGCUGCAUCACCCCGCUGUAGUCCAUAAUGGACUGGCCUGAGGUCUCAUAACACACAAGUUGCUGCUAGAGGAGAGUAGGUGAGCUGUGUUUAGUCUCUUUGCUAAAGAAAUUAGGCAAAGUUAAAAAGAUGUUUGGUGGCUAGUACUAUGGCUGGGACCCUAUAUGUACUGUUGAUGAAGUUAGGUGCUGUUCUGAGCAUUAUUUGUGGCUAUAGAGUGGCAUUUUGGUUGAGGUUUGUUUCUGGCUCCUUAGACCGCUGUGUAUUGCUAUUGUGCGGUUGUUACAAAAGUUGGUUUAACUAGAGAAGCAAGCGGUCGGCAACAUUCAUCUCUCGAGGGGGUGUCUAACUCGGUGUUACAGUGUGAUUGACCCUAAAGUAAUUUAAUGCUGGAAUGUCCCUCUAACAUGGUGUUGCUUUCAUCGCUUCAAUACUUUUAAUUCUACUUCAAAUAUAAAGUCAAAUUCUGUCAAACGAUUAUCUUUAUUGAGAAGACUUGUUCAGUUGUUUUCCCUCUUGGUCCCAACAGAAACAUCACAAAUGAUAAAAAUUAGGAUCCAACAUGAUACAAAACACUUUUAAAAUACUGCAUGAAAAUGUGAUUACCAAAUCUGAUAAAACAGUCAGCGCACAAAAACAUGGAACAGACGAUUCUAUACAAAAUGGUACAUCAGGAAUCUUUAACCUCAACUUUUCAUCCCUUCAGCUUUAUUUUCUUUUCAUUUUGUAAGAUGAUGAUGAGACAUAUUCCCAAAUAAGUUUUUCCAUUAAUCAAAUAACCACAAACCACUUGACACAAAGAUGAACUAGUGGCUUUUGUCAGCCUCUGAGGAUCAUUGAAUUCCAGCUACGGUAUCAAAAUAGUUCUUAGUUCAGGGACUUUUGGAGCAUCGGAAGAAGUGCUGCUCUGAUGAAUGGGUGUAGGUUUUUUAUUUUAGGCAUAACGGUCUCUGUUAGCUCUAACUCCUGUUUCUCUCCCCAGGUGGUUUAUCGGCGAUUGGUCAGAAUGUGGGAAGACGUGUGACGGCGGAAUAAGGACGAGGACGGUCCUCUGCAUCAGGAAGAUCGGCCCGGCUGAGGAGGAGACGCUGGAGGACACCCACUGUCUGACUCACCGACCCAUCGAACGAGAGUCCUGCAACAACCAGUCCUGCCCGCCAAAGUGGGUCACGCUGGACUGGUCGGAGGUGAGACAGUGACCUGAAACCAGCUUCAGUUUGGAGUCAGGUGGAGUUUUUCUUCUAAGACCCACCCCUCUUCUUCUUUUCUACUCUUUAGUGCACGCCAAAAUGUGGACCCGGCUUCAAGCACCGCAUCGUCUUGUGUAAAAGCAGCGACCUGACCAAGACCUUCCCUCCCGCACACUGCCCGAGCCAUAACAAACCUCCAGUCCGAACCCGCUGCACCUUAGGGCGCUGUCCUCCUCCUCGAUGGAUACCUGGUGAUUGGGGACAGGUAGGGAAGCACCUCACUCACAUCUUAAACCUGAUUUGAGAACCAUAAAGUUUUUUUUCAAUUUUGAUUUAUUCCAAAGAAAUCAAAAUAUCUUCCCUGAAGUGAUCACUCAGAUACUUCACAUUCCCUCAUUAACAAGCACACGCUCUCUGUGGUUUUCUAUUUUCAGCUGCUAGAGUUUAGUGAAGGCUGGAGAUCAUUUUCUUUACAAGAGGCAGUUUUUUUAACCAUUAUGAGGUGAUUUUGGACUAUUAGCAUGGCUUAAAGCACCAUCGCUACAGAAAAAACCUUGAAGCGUUACGGCUAAAGCUCUGAAAAUAAUUAGGCUGCCUCUGCUGCCUCUGCAUACGUAUGCUAAUAUCUAAAAAUGACAUAAAAAGCAAGAGCGUCAAGUAACUGGCAGUGUCUCUGGUGGUUGAAAUAUAAUUGUUGAGUCUGUAGAACUCCAGCAUACGGCUAAAUACAGUUACAGAUACUGAUUUCAGAGUCUGGAUGAAAACGUUCUUGUCGCUACCUGAGCCGUCCUGGAAACACGAUUUGUACUGCGCAUGUGCAAAACAAAUGUCACUUCCUCUACUAGCCAUCUCUGCAGCAGCUCAGCAAUUCUUUGCCCCUCGCGGUUUGCAACAGCUUCGACACAUGUUCAACAGCUUCAGCAUCACCGAGCUCGCUUCAGUCAGGAUGGAUGCUUCAGUUUAUCACCAGCCACAAAUCUUCCCCUGAACGGAGUGCUUCCUCCCGACUGAAGCAGAGCGCCGGAAAGUCAAGAGAAUGGCGCUCAGUUUCACGAUUAAAGGUUCCUACUACAGCUUAAUUGUCAAAUUGUAACGUAGUUAUAACAGGCUUGAAUGAAUGUGAAUAUUUCAUUGAUGAAAUUAAAACGCUGUAUAAAAACGCUGAAAUUCAUUGUCUAUAAUGUGUAGGCUUCUUGUUAAUAAAUUUUAUAAAAAUGAAUGAAAUAAUUUCCCCCUUGAUACUUGGAAAAGUCAGAGAACCAUGAUUUUGACCGGGUUGUGGCACUUUCUGUGGCCCAAAAUGCCUCACCGUGCUGGGCAGGAGCUCUCAUGAAUCCCUCAGCAUUAGCCCAGGAGCCUGCGGUUAGCUUGCCUGUCACAUCGCCAGCUGGUUUCUGAAAUCGAUCUGUAGUUAAAAUAAUUUUUUUUUUUUUGCCUUGAGCAGUACGGAUCGGAUAGGUAGCAGUAGUAAUGAUUAAAACUGCAGAAAAAUACAUUGAAAUACAGAGAGAGGAAGUGACGUACGUUUCGCACAUGCGCAGUACAAAUUGGGUUCUCGGGACUGACCAGGUAGCGACGGUGCUAACUGGAUAACAAGCUUGCAUGCUACCAGUUUGAUUUUACGGUGAGAUCUGAUGGUGACAGAGAAGAAGAAAAUGCCAUCUUGUCAGCUGAGGAGGCUAAUUCCUCUAUCUCAAUGAUUGUUCGUUGAGUUUGCGUGAUCAUGAGUAAAGCUAUUUUGAUAAGAUAGGGUUACAUACAUAAUCUACAGUCGUCUUGUAUCAAACAAAGUCAGAUUGAUUAGUUAGCAGACAGAAGCAGUUGAUUAUCCUCUAGAGCUGGUUGAUGGCCCAAUCCUGAAGAGGAAUUGGGCCAAAAUGAGUCAGUUGUUGAAAUUUUUUUUCUCGACAAUAUCAUGAGCAGACACUUUCAGUGAAAUUUUUCUGGAUUGGGACCCUCAGAUUUGAUGUCAUGUUUACAUUUGUCCCUCUCAAAGCUUUAACUUUUGGUAAGCUUUUAAACACACACAUUGCUGGGAAGGAUUCCUCAGCAGAUAAGAGUCCUCAUGUCGGUUAUCAUGAUAUAAACCUGGAUAAGGGCUUCUGCACGGGCCUGUGACGUCUGCUCUUCUCGUCCAAACUCUCCUGCAGACCUGCGGUGCAUGAUUCAGCGGCGGUCACGUCCUCCUGAACGUUUGAAGCUUAUCUUCCAUCAGAGCAGGCCUCGCUAUCACUUCCAGGAACACAACUUAAAAGGGAAGACGAGGAGCAGCACUCUGAGGCUCGCUCUGACAUGACUUAGUGUGCAAAGGAAAAGCUGUUGAUCACUUUACAACACGGCUGACUCACGCUGGACGGAGGUCGCCAGAAUGCGUGCGUCAGAGAGAGCUGAGUGUGCGGAGAGCACGGCUCGUUAUUUGGAAAUGUUUGUUAAUAUUUCAGCGUAAAAGUGGAAUUUAAACAGACGCCGAUGUUUGGAUGAGGGUUGUGAGGGCGGAGGAAGGCAGUGGUGUUAUGGUUUUUUGGGCUCUUUUCGCAGGUCAGAGGGGUCAAAGGUUAAGAGUCAGGGAGUCUAGGUCGCGGCCCUCCCUCAGCUUGCUCUCAUAAAGGCCACAUGUGCGUUCACACAGACAUGAAUUACACACACCUUUACAAUUCAAUCAGAGGCCGUAAACAAAGCAGACCGGCCUGAUAACCUCGGCGAGGGCGUCCUCAGCAGGUUAAUACCUCACAGAGCAACAGCUGGAGUCCGCUCUUACACAGCACUUUCUCAUGCACCUAUGUGUGUGUAUGUGUGUGUGUGUGUGUAUGUGCAGCCCUCUUCCUCUACCUCUGCUGUAAUUACUGUCCCUCGCCCCUCCGCGCUCUCGCCUGAGCAUCACCAAAGGGGGGGGGGGGUUGUUGCCAGCUACUGAGCGUCCUGCUCUCCCAGGCCUAAGAGGUCACCGGUUCAAAUCCCACUUAAGUCUCUCCACUGACGUACGCCAUCUGUCAUGGCCGGCAGCAGGUCCUAAUAAAGACUCUCUAAUUGGGAAGGGAUGACAUGCGGGCGCUCUGAUCCGAGGCGGUUAGAGAGGAUCAUUGAAGGUGACAGAAAGCCUGGUCUUUCUCUCUCUUCGGCAAGGAGGGGGGGGCAGCUGGGUUCACAUGUUCACGUUCACACGGACACAUGGCGGAGUGAUGGCUGACAGGUGUGCUUUAAAAGUGGUUUGACGAUCCUUGUUUCGCCAAAGGUGCGUUGGCAGAGGGUGCAAAUGUUGUUGUGGUCUUCUCAUUAAAUACACACACACACACACACACACACACACACACACACACACACACACACACACACACACACAAACUCGCUUUUACUACAACUGGCACAGUCCUCGAAGAAGAACUACAGGUGUGUGUUUGGGGUGAAGGACUACAAAUGUUUUGUCCUCGAUUCUGUUGUCAGGGCGUGUUCACCCAACAGUCAUUUUUCAUUAACUUUCUAAUUUAUCUGUUAAAUUUUUAGCCAGAAAUGACCAUAUGCUUUGAGUUGCUUUUAUUACGAGGCAUCAAGUUUUAUCACUGUUGUUUUGGAGAUAUCCUUGUAAAUAAAAACUUGAUUAUACUGCAAUACUGAGAAAAGGUUCCAGACAUUCAUACCUCAUUAAAUGUUUUGGUUGUAGACUCAAACCACGAGUCAUCAAAACAGGAUUUCACCUCAUCCUUGUUUUUCUAUCUGUUGUGUUUCGCUUGUUUUUGCCCCAUUUCUGCAGCACACCCAAACAAUUACCUCCCUUCAGAUGCACAAGGGUCAUAAAAAUACUGUCACUUAGUCUGCUCUACACCGAGGAGGAACUUUGCUGAUGCUCUCCCUGCUCCACGUACACAUGUGGAAGGGCAGGAAGCAGAGCCGGAUCGCCAAAGGAUUUAUAUUUUUUAACCUCAGUGAUUCUGACCCCUAAUCAACUCAAAUGGAAACGAUCAGCUGCGAUCAGUGUGUAUGGCCUUUUCACCGUCGUUCUGGAUGCAGUCUGUGAGGCCAAUUUCGUGACAGAUUUCAGACAGCGGGAACUCACAAGAACCUGCAGCUUCGCAUGCGUGAUAACGAGUUGUCUGUAUAAAGACAGUCACAUAACCAUAUAAGCAGUGGAUUGUGUCCUUCCAGAGGAGGACAUCUACUUCUAGACUUCUAGAAUCGCCAUCUCCUCAUCCAUGGUGUCAUCGGGGUGGAAUGAAGUCUGAAAAUCUUUGACUUGUUUGUCCCCGACCACGUUUGCAAGGUGUGAAAUAUGAUCCUUCAGAAACACGUGUUUUUUUUUUUUUUUUCAAAAGAAGCCGGAUGUUUUAUUUUGUGUCUGUGCCCGACAUCCUUUCCAGCAUUGACUUAUUUGUGCUGAAUUUAUGCGGCGUGCUGCGGCGUCCAGAAAAAAUAGAACUCUGGCAAUUGGCUACGAAGCCUGCUGAACCACAGGGGGCCGGAAAAAAGCCGACGUGACACAUCAACUCAAAUGGAAACGAUCAGCUGCGAUCAGUGUGUAUGGCCUUUUCACCGGCGUUCUGGAUGCAGUGGAAAUUGGGAGUUACUCUGUUUCAUACCUGUCCCUACUUUGGAAAGCCAAGGCAGGGAGAGCAGCAGCAAAACACUUAAACAGAAUAGAGCAGACUUUUGUGACGAUACAUAAGGCGUCUCUUGAGGCAGCAAAAAAGGGACCAGUUCGCACCGCCCUAAGGCCUUACAUGUGGUCUACUUUUUUGAGGAGCAGGGUUAACACAGUUGGCAUCUUUUCCUUUUUUUUUUCAUUUUUAUGUUGACCAUGAUUGUUCCUGUCCUCGGGAUGGUCAUAACAUUUCUAUCCAAUCACGGGUGAAGGCAUUUCUUUCCAGUUGCGGCCUUUACUGCAGCAACACCAAACAGAUGAGGCCUUCUAGACCCAUCUGGAAGUAUUCCCCCUCUUCUCAUUUAGUCGUGCAUUUCUGCUUGUAGCUAAACUCUGAGUCUGAAAAGAAUUACAGAGGCAUUCCUCGUGAGAAACAAAAGAAAAUUUUCAUUCAGUCUGUUUCUCCUUUUUUUAUUGAACAGGAAAAUCGCUGCGAGCAGCAGUUGUCGGUUCCCCCCCGUGAAGAAACAAAUUCACUCACUGUCAGAGGGUAAAAAUCAGUCAAAGACAGGUGACCCCGGGUUGCUCUGUCACCUCAUGAACAAGUUCCUGAGAUGUUUGCAGGGAUUAUUAAACAGAGUGUGUCUGGAUGCCGCAGGGUCAGGAGAGGAGAGAUGGUAGAUGCUAACUUUGACUCUGGUGUUUCCUCUCACAGUGUUCUGCUCAGUGCGGUCUGGGUCAGCAGAUGAGGACGGUGCAGUGUCUGUCGUACACCGGGCAGCCGUCUAAUGAGUGCGCAGAUUCCCUCCGACCCACUACCAUGCAGCAGUGUGAGAGCAAGUGUGACGCUACCCCCAUCGCCAACGGUGACGGUAAGAUGAUCAAACUCACAACACGCACACACACAUCCAGGUCUCCAAUAGGCAGUGCAAACUAGGGCUGGGCGAUAUGGCCUCAAAUCAUUAUCAUAUAUAUUGAGCGGUUCACCUCGAUAACGACAAAUGGACGAUAACUACUCCACAAGCUGCUCACCCCCUCCCACAUUAACUUCGUCUACUUCAGCCGACGCUCCAGUCGCUACAACUUUUGGACCGUCCUCCAUCUCCUCACCUGUCUUUCCCUCUUUGUUAUGGACUGGAUGGGGUGAAGACACGUCACUGACGUAGGACAGCGUCUUAAAGGGACAUGAGACCAUAGCCUACCUACACACAUCCAAAACCUACUUUCAUUUAUUAAUUUUUUUUUAGAUAUUGGCAAAAUGACGUUUGUUAUUGUUGUAAAUUUUGGUAUCAGUAAAUUUUCGGUUUAUCGCCAAGCCCUAGUGCAAAGACAUUUUAAAGAAGUAUGACUGAGACAGGCAGACAAAGAAUUGCAAUUCUGACGGAGGCCGACUGUCACUCACAACCACGGCAGCAGGGGGACGAGAGAUGGAGAGGAACAGCGAUGAGUGAAUCAAAAGUGGGACAAGUUAUUCAACAAAAAGGACUGAUUUAUGUUGUUACUUUCAGAGUGCAGCACUAACAUUCACUGACUGUCAAACGGAUCAGAAAUAAUGUACGACAGAGUUUAAUAUCUGAAGAUGCCAAGUACAAAAAUUUGUCCUAAAACAGAAUGACCAUUACCAGAUUCAACGUCAACCUGACAGACAGGUCACUUGGAUUUGACCGUAUUCACUGUAAACAUUGAAAAUAAUUAGUUUAAAAAAUGUUCGUUUUCUUCAUCACAGUAGUAAGUAGUGAGCAUGUCCUCCUGCGUGGACUUCAGCAGACGUACAAACUGUUGAUGCUUUCUCUUUGAUUUAAAGCCUGUUUGAUGUUUUCAUAUCCUGUAAAAAUGCCAAAAGUUUAUCGUCCUCCACAUAAAGUUUACUGUAGUCCGCCUAUCAGGAUCAUUUCACUGCCUGGCCGUCAUCUUUUUAUGGUGAUUUGCUCAACAAGUUGUGGACUCAGACUUUCGAAUCUGAAAAUGAACAAACCUUCAAAAAAGCGGCAGGUUUGUGUUUAAAGCUGUAAGUCCAAACACAGCUGUGAAUACCUCAGACACUGUACAUGAUUUGCUUACACACAAAACCGCCUUCAAAACAGUUAUAAACGGUCUCUAUCUCCAUCCUCGCCGUUCUGCUAUGACCUAAACACGCUCAGAUGACACACUCCUCCACACUCUGCCAGCGACAUUAAUCUUUCCAGUGAGGUUGGCUCCUGGUCAAAGUGAAACAGCUCAGCCCUCCAUAUACACUUACACAUGAUGGAUGGCUGUUCGGAUGCAUCGAGAAGGGCCUUUCGAUUAGCCUGAAUGGAAAACGUGAGCAGCGUUUACAGGCUGGCUAAUGGGAUUAGCUGUAGGCUAAUUGUUCCUUUACGGACAGCAGUGAGGCAACGUCUCGUUUCAUUUGGCUCUGAGGAGGCAGGGGCCAAAGCCUAAUAAGGGAAGACACUCUGAUCGUGAUAAGGCAUUUAGAGCCCUGCCUGUGUGUGCGUGUGUUUGUGCGUGCGUGUGUGCGUGUGUGUGUGUGUGUGUGUGUGUGUGUGUGUGUGGUGGAGAUGGCAGAUAGCCCAGCAAGUGAACGAGGCCAGGAUCCGACUCAGUCCCAGCCUCUGGGUCCAAGAAUAGUUGCAGAGUUUCAUUCUGUGGAGGGAGAUGCUCGAGCGAUCAUGUUUGCAGCAGAGUUUGUGCUUCUCGUGUUUAUAGUUAAGAAACGCUCCCAUUUCAACAGGUAAUUCAAUUUGAGCUGCAAAACAGCGUCCAAACUUCUCCAUUUCAACACAUUUAUUUACACAGAUCAUUUUUGUGUUUCGUACACAUGAUAAAACUUCCAAAUCUCUGCAGGGGUGGCAGUAUUUUCAAACUAGGAUGAUUUGUUUGAGACUCUAAUGUAGCAGGAACAUGAGAGGCUGGGUGGAGAUCUUGGAGCCUGUGUGCACCUGGUUCAAAGUUUAUAAGGUCCAUAUUUUACGCCCGCUUUAGGUACCAGAUCCACUAAGGGGUCCUACACCUGUUAGCGACUAACUGAAUUGGAAAUGUUGAAAAUGCAACGCCAGGUUCCCUUCUCAGAAGCCAUAAGACGUAGAGUGACUGAAUAUGAGCUCAGAAUUUUCCUGAAAACCUCUUUCGCAGUUCAUCAGAUGAACAAUGGAGGACUUGUGCCAAAAACACGAUUUCUUGUUCAGCAUUACUGGCUGUCAGAUUGUCUCGGGUCGCUUGAAUAUAAACAUCUGCAGCAGUUCUUCUAUUCACAAGGAUCUGUGUUAGGGUUGGGCGAUAAACCGAGAAUUUACCGAUACCGAAAUUUACGAAAAAUAACCGACUUCAUUUUGCUCAUAUCGGUAUAUUAAAUGUCAAAAAAUAAAUAAAUAAAAGUUGGUUUUAGAUGUGUGGAGGUAAGCUAUGGUCCCAUGUCCCUUUAAGACUCUGUCCUACGUCAGAGACGUGACUCCACCCCAUCCAGUCUGUAACAAAGAGGGAAAGACAGGUGAGGAGAUGGAGGAUGGUCCAAAAGUUGUUGCAGCUCGAGCGGCGGCUGAAGUAGACAAAGUUAAUGUGUGAGGGGGUGAGCAGCUUGUGGAGUAGUUAUCGUCUAUUUAUCGUUAUCGAGGUGAACCGCUCAAUAUAUCGUGACAUUGAUUUGAGGCCAUAUUGCCCAGCCCUAAUCUGGGUACUUAAGACGCUCUUGGUAUAAGAGUCGAUCUUGGUUUACUAAAAGACUAGGACACCCUCAUUACUUUCUCCUUAAACAUCCUGCAGGGGCUAAAAACUCCAGACUAAAGUGACACAAGCUCUCCAUCAUGCACUCACUUUCUGAAUUCAUCACAGAACAUUGAAAAGUCAUUUGUGAAGCUGCAUCUUUCAAGCGUUGUGAUUUUUUCCUUUAUUAUUUCCAGAAUGCAAAGACGUAAACAAAGUGGCGUACUGCCCACUGGUGCUGAAGUUCAAGUUCUGCAGUCGUGCGUACUUCAGACAGAUGUGCUGCAAGACAUGCCAGGGCCACUGACCGCUGGGGAGACGCAGCGAGCGAGAGUGAGAGAAGGAGCGAGACGGAUGGAGGGAAGCUGAAUCAGCACUGAAAAGGAGGAAAGAAGAAAACAGGGAAGAGUUUAAAAAACGUCGGGACCACAUAAACAGACAUGCGGAGGAAAAGAGGAAGUAAAGGCAUCCCUGUUCGUCACACCUGCUCCUCCUGCCCUCCAUCACGGUGGAAUCCAAACCACUGCUCAGCCCUCAGCGCUGACACAAACUUUAUUUUUUUAAUUUUCACUUCUGUGAAGUGGAACUCGGAAGAUGAUAUGUUGGUGAUGUUAUUUUUAUUAUAAUAAUAAUUAUUAAUAUCAUUGUUAGUCUUCCUCUGUGUCGUUGUUUCAUGAAUCCAAAGUGCUGGACACAUCGCUCUUUGAGGGUGUUUCCCCCACAGACAUACAUACAGACAGACAGACGGACAGACGGAGGGGAGGACUCCUCGGUGGAGGACGGGGUGUUGAACGUGUCGGACUCCUGUCUUUGGGAUGACUGUGAUGGUGCUAUUGGCAGGCAGACUUUUGUCUUCGGUGCACUUUUCUUGUCUGUGUAAAUACUUUGCCAAUUUACCGCUCGUAUAGGACAGAGAAACCCCAUCAGUGUACUGUAUAUUUAUUGUACCAAUCCAAACAGAGCUGAGAUAUUGUCGGAUAGUAGCCUACUGUCAUGGAAGGGAAUGUAAUGUGAUUGAAUUCAUGUUCAGUGUCUCUGUGCUGGAGCUAGAAUAUAACAUACUGUAACAUACCUUAAACCCUUAUAUACUGUAAGGAUUUCUAUAUUAUAUAAUAUGAUGUUAAUCCAGGACCAGAAAAUACCAAGAAUUGACAUGACUUUAUCUUUUCCCACAUGGGUGCCUUAGUUCCUCGCUCAGUAAUCCAAAAGUAGCAUGAAGCUAACGUCGCUGUGCCUGGGCUGCAUGCAACACCGUUAGCAACAUCCCGAUCAGGAGCAUUCAUUUCACCUCUGAAGGAUUCAUUUUGUGAAGCAGCUUGUUCAACGGAUUCACAUCACACUCACUAUUUCUUAUCUUUGACAUGUUUUUGUACUUCAGCAGAAAGCAAACAUUUAAAAUCACAUGAAGUAGAUUCUGUUUGCUCUCCUGCUGAGAACUUCAUAAGAAAGGUGACGUCAAUCUUGAGUCUGUAAAAGAGUCUAUAGGAUUUGUCCUGUAUAUAUGAGGCUCUAGCCAGGAUCAGCUCAGCUUAGUGUAAUAUGAAGAAUGUCACCCGAGGUAAACUUACAACCCGACUCUGUCCAAACUUUAAAAAACAUGAACCAACCAGGUCAGCUGAGGUCAUGAACCAACAGGUUACAUCUGUCUUAGAGCAUCAACUUCAAGUUUUUAUGUUAAAAAAUCUUAAAAAAGAAAAAAAACUCCCGAUGUGGAAACAUGUAAUGCUUUUAUGGUGUCCGACAAUGAUUUAAAAAAAAAUUGCAGUUCCUCGAGUGUCCACUGGGGGCUUGCUUCAAAAGCCAAGGUUACACAUAAACAGUGUGAAACCUGUAUGCAGUCUCAUUAACGUCACCCAUGAGUUUCUGAAGAGGUGUUAUGAAGAUGUUAGCAGACACGAUAUUGGAAACUCCGCCUCAAUCUCACUUUUCAUCACCAUAGCAACAGGCAAAUAGGUGGAGCUGAGGGGAGUUUAAGAUGACAGCAGUUUGAAUUCCUUACAUGUAAAUUUCUGUUAGCUGUUAUAUCUUAAAAACAGAUCAAUGUACUCCCACAAUCCCCACCGACAGUGUGUAAUGACUUGAAUUUUGGAGCUAGCCUCUAGUGGCCACUUGUGGAACUGCAGUUUUUUGACCAAACCUUUUUAACGUCUUUGUAGGGCAGAAUUUUUCAUAUCCUCCUUUUUUUCAUUGUGUUUUUAAAUGUCAGAUUUUUUAAUCUGGUCUCACUGACAUUAAUAGACAUAAUUAGGGGUGUGGCCAAUUCGACUGACAGGUGAGCUUGUUGUAGACAUUUGGCGGGCAGCCUCUUUUCCAAGUUUUUGCCUGUUUCGAAUUCGUUGGAGUUAGCCUUUCCAAAAUGGUGACCACGAAUAUUGGGUGUUACAGAAUUAAUGGACGCCAUUACGUAAGCUGGCAGGUUCUAAGUGUCCCCCUGUAUCAGGUCUUGAUGCUAAGCUAGGCUAACCAAUACCUGGUUGUUGCUCUAGCGGUAUGAUGGGUUGAGUUUCUCAUUCGAAGCCUUUCAGAAAUAAUCAUCCUAAUGUUGCUUCAGAUGAGCCUCUGGUUAAAGUCACCCCCUCGUCCUUUUGACCCCUCAGUGAGAGCUCAAAAACAGCCCGCUGAAUGGUGCUCUUUCCCUCCGUUUUCACUUGUUACUUCCAUGGACUCUUGUGUUUACCUUCUCUUUUCCUCCCGCUCUGCUCUGAGGGUUACAGCCUUCCCAGGCUUCUGGUGCUAUCAAGUGGGUGCUUCUAUUCAACCCUCUCCAGUGUGUUUAAAGUGAGGCUGGAUCCAAACAAUAUGAAAGAAUAUCCUUGUCAAUAUCUCUGUUGGUUAAAUGCUGGUCAUGUUAAUGUUUUGUUGUAUCUGUUUAUACCUCACACUGGGAAAUGUCAUUGUUAACCAUGUAUUGUUGUGGACACUCACCCGGUUGUUGCUGAUCCCUCUAUGCAAAGGGAACGCGUCUCCAUCACACUUUCUAUGGAGGUACAGUAGGAGAAACCUGAGAGACAACAAAGGAGUGUGCAAGGAUCUCAUCAAAGCUGUUAACAACUAAUUUCUAAUUUUGCUGCUGCUACUUUUUGUAGCCACCUUCAAUAUACGACGAUGUCGAGCAAGUUUUUUUUGGUUACCAAACCUUGAAGGAGGCAUUUGGGAAAAGACGGUGGAUGCUGGAAAGCAUUUGAGACCUUCAAAGUGCUUGGACUAACUCAUCCACUCGCGGCAGGAGAAAAAGACAGAGCCUCCAGAAAAAAAAAAAGAAGUGAAAUCAAUCCAACUGGUACUCAUUGCUGUGAACUUGGAUGUUUGAAUGUCACAUUGCUUAUACCUGUACCGAAAGUGCAAGAGAAAUGAAAAAGCAUCAUGUGAUUAUUUGCUUAUAUUUUAUAUUCAGUAUUAAUGUUGGUACACUGUUACUAAUUUUUUUUUUCAAAUGUAAAUUAUAUGCUAAUUUAUUGCGUUGUCUCACUUGUACAUUUAUUUCACUGCAUGCAAACUGAAAAUUAGCAUAGUGAAAAAAUGCAGUGAUACAGCCCCUCACCAGCCCUUUUUUUUAAAAAGUAGAUACAAUAAAAAGAGCAGCUUUUAAAGAGACCACA